AUGGCGAUGAAGCCCAAAUUUGAAGUUCCGCUGCAGAACAUCAUGCAGCCACUCGGGACUCCUAUCACGCUUGAGUGCAUGGCACGAGGAAGACCGAGACCUGACGUUGUCUGGUUCCACGGUGAUGAAAAGGUGGAAACGACGCCGGCUCGAUACGAGGUGGCCGUCAUGUACGACCGCUGUCUGCUCCACAUCAUUGAACUGAACGAGGAAACAAAAGGAACGUACACAGCCAGAGCCUCGAAUGAGGCUGGCGAAGAACUCACAACUUGCGUUCUUGAAAUUGGAGAACCAGAAAAACCGGCUCUGCUGGAUACUUCCAUGGAUUCUCUAUCUGAGUCGUAUGAUGACAGCUUCAUGUCCGUCCGAAGAUCUCAAUAUCACAAGAAGCGAACGGUGUCGGAGUUGCAGACGGCCCCGUGGGUUAAACGCCCAGGUCCCGAAACAUCGGAAUGGUCUGAAAGUGUCGAUGAGAGCUACCUCGAGCUCGACCGGAAGCACUGGCAAACGGAGAGACACGUGUCCGAAGCAGACGUUGUCCGUCGCCCCAAAAAGAAGGCUACCGAGCUGUCAGAGUUCUCCGAAGCGAUGGACGAUAGCUACAUUGAAGUAGAGCGCAAGCAAUGGGAGUCGCGAAAGGACGUCUCGGAAUUGACGAGAAAGACGAAGAAGCGCGGACCGCAGAUCACCGAACUCAGUACGAAAGAAGACGAACUCAUCGAAGAAGAGAUAAUCAUUCCUAAGAAAGAAGAAGUCGAAAAGAGGCGGCUGGUGUCCCAAACUAGCGUUGUUUCGGAGGUUCCACAACCGGAGAAAUCCGAAAUAUACGUGCGGCGGAAGAAACCGAAAAAAGAAGAGCCCUUCGUGAAGAGGCAAUAUGUUUCUGAGUUGCCGCCCGAGGAGCCGCAGAAACCCGUGGUCGAGGAUGUUACGAAGGUCGAAAGAGAGCCGGAGCAGAUCUACGAGCGACGCAAAGCGCCGAAGAAAGAGGAGCCUUUCGUCAAGCGUCAGUAUGUCUCCGAGUUGCCGCAAGAAGAACCUUUGGUGACAUUCCCCAAGGAACCCGAAGAAAUCGAGAUCACCGAGAUAGUAGAGGAAGAGAUCAUCGUCGAGAAAAAACCUAAGGAGAAGCCGAAGACAGCGAGAAAGCCCAAACAGGUCCCGGCGGAAAUCGUCAAAACUCCGAUCUCGAUUGCAAGACACAAACACGAACGAUUCGAAGAGAUGUCCGUCACUGUCGAAUCCAUUGAACACAAACCGGUCGAAUUUGAAAUCAAGCCGAAACUGAAACGACGCGUGAGCUUCGCAUCGACCCCGGAAGAAAUCCCGGAGAAGACCGUCAUAGAAGCAGAAGCCAAGAAGACCGUUGUUGAGGAUAUCGUCGAGAUGAAGCCGCAUCCCAGCCACGAGUUUGUUCCAGAAUAUGUCGCGGAGGAGCAAUUCACUCACGAUACUCCCUCGAGAGGAAAACAGCACUUGGUCCCUCUGCGCGCGAUUGUUGUCGAGGAGACAACUCCAACCGUGGAGACGUCGAGCGUACAGCAGGUUUCCGUCACGAAGGAAUACACAGCAAGAAAAUCGUUCACAUACGAAAGUUCUCUCAGUGUGGAAGAGCAGAUCCCAGGAGAAAGCCAUUUCGAUAUGAAACCCAGCACGUCUCCGCAUCCGCAAGAGGUCCAGAUGGACAUCGUGAAACGAACUCAUGUCACGACACAGGACGUAAGGUCCUACCAGACUACGGAAAUGCUACGCACCGAAAGCUUCCAAGCCACGCAAGCGAAGUUCUCGGUAUUCGAGCAGACACCUCUCCAGGUUUCAGAUGUCACUCCAGCGAGGGGAGUGGUCCCCAUCGAAGAACAGCCUGCCCCACUAGAACAAGUGGAACUGAUUCCGCACAGAGAAGCGCAGAUGGCCAAAACAAUAGAAGGGGUCACGGUGAAAUCAGAGCUUGCGAUCACGGCAACUGUCGAAGGUCGAACUGAUGUGCCGAAAUUGACCAUUACGGAUGGGGACCUGAAAGAAGCGCUCAAAAAGAGUCAGGACUUCGAUAUCGUUUCGCUUCCGCGGAUAAGUGAUCACCUGCGAUCGGAGCGAGAGCAAGUAGAGGUCACCCCAUCGGGGAGCGUGACUCGGAAAUCCUCAAUCAGUGCACCCCAUCCAGAUUCGGAGAUCUUGAUCGAGGAAAUUAUUUUCGUCCCGUCGUCAACAUUCGAUUUUACGGCCCCAACCGGGGUCGCUCAAAUCGAUCACAGUCCUUACCUGCCGGUCAGCCUGGAUGAACCACGAACCGUGACGUUCACCACGAGAGGAGUCGGGGACAACAAAGAAAUUUCAAAGCAAGCCAAUAUCGAAGUCCAACCCGAUCAUUCGAUCAGACUCGUCUCGAAAACAAUCUCUAAACCGAGUACGAAACCCGAUGAGCAUCACGUGACAGAAGCGAGCGUCGUUCUCGCCGAUAAGCGAUCGGUCUGGAUUCAUCGACGUCAAGAUUUCGUCCCAACGGACGAAGAUGUGGUAUCGGUGAAAACCUUCGAAAUCGUCUCGAUGGCCUCUACGCCCAUGCAUCCUGAGCCCAUCGAGGUCACCUCGAGAGGAACUCCCGACGACAUUUCCUUGAGACAGGAACGUUCGGUCUCGGUGAAGAGCAGCCUCGGCAGAAUGUCGACGGAGAGAGUUGUGUCCGAUAAAUGGGUGGCGGCUCGGGUAGAAAAAGUUGUCCAAACGCCAGAAGGAAACUUCGUCGAGGUUUCUAAGCAGGAAACAAAGAUGCCGAGACAACCUUUCGACAUCUCGAAGUCCACGAGAAGGUCCUCGAAGGAAAUAGAAACACCCGAAGUGCUCCUGAAGCUCAGCUCCUCUUCGGGAGUCGACGUCUCAUCGGGAGGCGCGAGGCAAACUUUCGCGGAAGAGAUCGAAAUUUCCCCGAAAUCGUGUCUGCUUCGACCAAUUUCGCUGACCGAGCUCGGUUUGCGAGACUUUGACGUUAGGCAGCCCGUUCCCCACAAAAUCGACUCGGAAGGAAAGCCGAUAGUCGAAGAGGUCAUCGAGGAGUCCGUUACCGAACCCCAAAAGAUAACUCAUACGAUCAUCAAAAAGCGCAAGAGCGACGACGGGACUGUGAGCAUCGAGACGAAACGAACUUCGGACUCCAUUCCGCAGAGAUUGCUGGUUUCUAAAGUCACGGACCGAACUAUCGAGACGAAUGUCGCAACGGUGAAAGAGAAACUCGUUGAGAAAACGCCAAGGCACGACGGCACUGUCGAGAAGGUGAGGACAGUCGAGUUCAAGCCCCUGAAAUCGGGUCUUCUGAAAAUCAAUUUCCCCGAGUCGACCGUGCGGGAACUGAUCCCGAAACCGAUAAGCCGUUCGAGCGAAGAAUCCGAGGCCGCCUCCGUCAGGACGAAAACCCACGACGUAACGAAAACGAUCUCUAAACGACGCUCGCCGAAGGGUAUAGUGUCUUCGGUCGAGACUCAGAUCCACAGGCCAAAGAGCUCAGGAUCCGCACUAGAGCCUGUAACUUCGGUGCAGAACAUUCAGCUCGACGCCGGGAAAGUCACGAAAGAAGUCACCCGGAAGAUCCAAGACGAGCCCGAAGAGACGAUCAUCGAAUCUAUCGAGAUCACUACUUUCGUUCCGUCGCGACCGCUCGACGAUAUCCAGUUCAGCUCGAUCGGAUUCCCAGAGCUCGAUAUCACGCCGGUUUGCCGAGCGAUCAGCCCCAAAACCACCAUUGAAUCUGUUAAGCAGCAUAAAACGAGAGACGACGGUUGUACGGUUGUGACCGAGCGGAGAUUGUCAAGACCCCGAAACGGCGUGGUGGAGUGUUGCCUCACAACCGUGGAAACGAUUCCGAAGCAUUACAAGCUCUUCAAACGACCGGGGAAACCCGUUGAGACAUCAGCGACGACCAUCAGCACGGAUACAGCUCAUGUGUCGAAAGCAGAGGAGACACGAAUGACCGACGGACCCGACGCUGUCAAGACCGAGACAAAGACGUCUGUCACGGUUACGUCACUUGAAGGAUAUCCGAUUCCCGUUUCCACGAGCGAUCUGAAAGAGCUGGCGCUAUUCUCGCUCCUUCCGGCUACCAGAAGAGACUCGCAGCAUCUUCCAGACCGGAGCUCUUCAACAGAUUGUUCCUUUGACCUCGAUGGAUCUACCUAUGUCCUCACCUCGGUUGCGACCGAGUCCGUGCCGAAGUUCCACUCCCCAACCUACGUAGCGUUGCACACUUGUCGAGAAGUCGAUAAUCGACCUCGCAGCUAUCGACUCAGUGAAACGAAAACGCAAGCGAAGGACAGCGGUCUUUGCAUUGAAUAUACGACCACCGAGAGAAUAGUCGAGGAGAAACCGGAAUAUUUCAACACCGAGAAACCGAGAACGGUCCGUGAAGAGUUCCACGACAACGUGGGUCGAUACACGACGUCCGAAACGACGUGGAACAUGACGCCGGAAGGAAGAAUCGAAACAACGAAGAAGUCUGUGACCCUCGCGCCGAAAAAGAAGAAGGAAGUCACCGUCGACGAUCAACCGAAAAUCCCAGAGACCACGAACACUGAAUCUUUCAGUGAGUGCACAAUCGUUUCGACUCGGAAAAGUCUCCACCAGCCGAACGAGAACGAUUCGCUCAAGAAGGUGACUUUUGAGACGGUCACUUUGACGCCGAAAGACGCCGUCAGUCGGAUCGACGUUAAUUCCGUGGGUUAUCCGGACCUUCGGGUCCGAGAUUCCAUACGCGUCGCAAUCGACUCGUACGGGAGACCUUCAGUGCCGUUGAACGAGCGCAUUACAGAAAGCUCGGUCGUCGAAGGCAUCAAGAGGGAUGUGAAGACGUUCAAGAAGCGGCUCUCGGACGGAUCGAUCACGAUGGAAACCAUUACGGAGGAACAAGCUCUUCCGCAGGAACAGACCGAAGACGUCGAAGAAAUUGAGCGAAGGGUCCAACUCCAUGACGCUGUUAUCUCGACCAAGAAAUCCACGACUCGUAAAGUGACUUUCAACGACGAGGUUGUCGAAUACGAAAUCGAGAGAUAUACGUUCUCGCCGGUCUCGCCGAUCAUCGAGCUUCCGGAGGAUGUUGAGGACGAGCUCCACAUGUGCGAUUCCUCCCAGCCCACCGUUCAGAGGCCGGUGAUAGUCGAGAUCACGGAGCUCACUUCAGAAGACACCGGCAAAACUGUCCGAGAGAACAAGAAACAGGAGAAAAAGGCUUCUGGUGAGAUAAGCACUUCGGUAGAAAGAACCACCAGAACGUCUCUGAACGCUCCGGUUGACGGUGCAGAAGCCACGGGCCAUGAGAAAAUCACCGAGAAAUCCAUCAAAUUCUCGAAGGGCAAAAUCACAACGAAGAAGAUCGAGCGGACCAAAGACGAGGGAUCACCGAUGGCAUCCGAAAUCGUCGUGGAAACGUCGAAGUUCACGCCGAAAUCUCCAGAACUGGUUUCGGUUGAUCUCAAAAGCUUCGGUAUUCCAGAUUUGGAGAUUCGAGGAGUUCGCUCCCCGUCCGAAAUCUACACUGAGACAAUCGAGACCAUCUCGAGGACGGAGACCGAGCUAGAUGUCGCAGUGGUGCAGAAAAAAGUUGAACCGAAAACCGGAGAAAUCGAGGUCGAGAAGACGUCUCAGUCCGCUCCCGUCGACAGUCCGCUUCCCAGUGGAACGAUAAGAGAAGUUACCGAAACGACGCAGCUCCCGGAAGCUACGAUCAAGAAGACCCAGACUAAAACUCGUUCGCUCAGACCCGAUACGGUCGUUUACGAAACGGUGUGCGAAACUCAGUUCACGCCGAAAACCUCAAAAUACAAGAUUCUGCUCCCCCAUCCCGAAGUCCUUGACGAUAUGACCGAGGGGCUAGAACCGGGUCGGUUGACCCCAGCGGUUGAAGCUUCAGAACUCGUUUGGAACCGCCGAAGGGAAAUUCUCCAAGAUCAACAGAAAACUGAGAUAACGUCAACGAAAUUGAGGAAGCCCGAUGGGGACACUCACCUGAUAUCGACCCUGAAAGAGCAAGUGCCGCUGACAGCUUCCUACGUUCCCGAGAGACACCUCAACGUCGGAGUGACCGGUGGGACAGUGAAAGAGACUCUCAGCUCACCGGUCGGUAAGCUCACCAAGUCGAAAAACAUCGUCAAAUCAAUUCUUGAAUCUGGAGCCGUCAAUCUCCAAAGCUCGGAACUGACUGAAUUCGAGCCGAAACCCGAAUUCUACGAUUCCGUUCCGAGAGAAUGGAGUAGUCUGCACGGACUCGAAAUCAGGCAGCCCAUUCCGGGAACGAGCGUCGCAGAUAUUGUUGAGUCUCAACAAGAGACACAGGACAAAGACAUCACAAUCAGCAAGAAGCGAAAAGCGACCAAGAAACCCCGGGGAGUCUUCCAGGUCGAAACCACCUCCGUCGAGCAUGUGCCAGCAGAGUAUUCUAUCGAAGAAUAUCCAUCUGACUUGCACCUCGUAGAAACGGUCGAUGUGGGCCCCGUCAGGGCCAGCUACGAACGGCGAGUUGAUCUGCCAGCGUUUAGCGGAACCGAGAAGCUUGUGCAUUCCACAACGCGGAUCGAGAACACGCUCCCUACGGACACUCCGUCUCGAUUCAUCCCGGUGGAGCUUCGGCCGACGGGUGUCGUAAUCACAGAAUUGCCCUCCGAAGCGGAAGAACUCACGCUCUCGGAAACCCUCGACUCUCCCGAGGAGCUUGUGGAACGGACAACGAAAACCACGAUCCUACCCGAGGGUAAAGUGUCCCAAGUGAGCGACGUCACUGAACGCUCGCCUUUCCAGAAGAGGGAAAGUGGCGAGACGGUUCAGAAGAUCGAUCUGACUCUACCGGAGGGAACCGUUUCGAUCGAGAAGACGCAUCGAGUGACCGAGAAGCCCGAUAACUUCUUCGUGCAUGAAACUUCGGUGAAAGCAGAUUUCAAACCGAGAGACGGCCGCAAGAUCAAGCCAAGGACCGCUCCGAAGCAUUUGACCGCUGGCUUCAAGACACCUCUCGAUCUGGAAGUUUCCGAACCCUUCGUCGAAGAAGUCAAGGAAGAACGAGUUCGGGGCCCUGUGACCGUGAAGAUCGAGCGCACCAGGACAAUCAAUCCCGAUCACAGCGUCGAGUGUCGUUGUCAGUUCACAGAGACGAGUCCGUCUCGUUCUCCGCGAACAGACGAUGAGUUCUGGACUGCUGCUGACAUCGAGUUGAGACGAGAAAUACACCGAAGUGACGGAAAGCUCAUCGAAGAGACUACUCAGAAGAGCGAACCGAGCUCUGAAGGACCCGAAGGAGACAUCGUCGAAGUCGUUUCGACAAUAAUCUUCCAGGCUUCCGGAGAAGGACCGAAAUCCAUAAAUAUGGAGUCUUUCGGCUACCCAGAGCUCGAGGUGAGAUCCGCCGUUCCUGUCGAAUUGAACAGCAGUGGUUGGCCGAUCGAGGAACUCUCAGAGUCGAUCACAGAAGAGCUGAACACUCCGCUCGGCUCCGAGCGGCUCACGGUAACGAAGCGCGAAACGCCUUCUGGGAAAGUUCACGUGGACAUCGUGAAGCGAGGACGACCGGACAGCGCGCUUCCGCACGAUUCGCCCGGAAUUUCCGAAAGGACGAGGAUAACGAAGAUGAAAGGAGGUGAGCUCCUUGAGACGGAAGUCACGGAGAAUACGCCGCACAGCUCGACGAUCAAGAAACGUACCGUGAAGACAGACUCGUUCGAACCCGAGCCUGCCUUUGCUCGACUGAUCGAUCUCUCGCGCUUACGGAGCCCACAACUCCAUCAAAACUUCCCUCGGCCGCUCUCUAGGACUCGACCCGACGCGCCGCGAUCUGCGAGUGAGCGCACGGUUCGUCAGAAGUAUCUCAGGUCUCCACAGGAACUCGUCGAACGAGAGACCGUGGUCAAGAUCCAGCCCGACGAAACCGUGGACGCCAAGACCACGACCACCAUCGCAGCCAGCCGCCCCGAGAAGUCAGAAGUCUACGAGCUCGAGGAACGCGUUAAAUUCGACGCCGGAGUAUAUUCCAAGCUCCAGACCGUGAAGUCUCUGCCGUCCGGGAGGCUGAGCAUUUCGGAAACGUGCACUUUCGAGCCCGUCGGGAACUUUUUCAAGAUCUCCAACCUCGAAAACAUUCAGUGUGCCCAUCUGGAGCCUUCGGAACUCGAAACGACACCCAAGGAUGACCUGGGAACGCCCAGACGGACGGUCGUGGACUCGAGGCUCGUCGAGCAUCCGGCGAAAGGCGUAGAAAGAUUCUCCAUCCGAAAAGUUGCUUCUCCCGGUGGGAAGGUGACGCGCGUCACGGAGCUCCAGGGUCAGGCACCGAGAGCCGAGCUUCCCUUGGAUGACUUCACGGAGCUCGUCACGUCGCUUCUCGACGCAGAAUCGCUCAGGAGCUCCCCGCAAAUCGAGAGCAGGGAGGCUGAAGACUCACCGAUGCAAGAGCAGUCUGUGAAAAGCUUCGCGGAACUCACUGAGGAUGAGCUCCCUCGUGAAGUCACGGCGACUGCCUCAGCCGAACGAGGAUAUUCUCCUCACGAGAUCGCUUUGAUCGACACAGCUGAAUACGUGGUCGACGUUCUCGGAUCGCCCAAGAUGAGAAGGGCAAAAGUCGCCAAGAUGCCGACGGGGAAGAUACUGCGACUUUCCGAAGUUUUCGAGGAUCGUGCGCGUGUGCCCGUGGAGUCGGACACGACCGUCUUAUCUGAGAACGUGAUCAACUUGAAACAAGGGAAAAUCAUUCGGCGGAAGCUGAGACCAAAGCAGCCUGUGCCCGUAGCCGACGCGGAGGUACCGGUGGAGAUCGAAUCAGUCGUUUUUGAACCAAAGAAAAGAGGGCCGACCGUCGACUUGAGCUCAAUCGGCUAUCCUGAAAUGGACGUGAAACCGAGAAUCUCGCUCUCGACGAAAUUGUCCCCGAAAAGCGACGUUCACGUCGAGACCACGGAGAUCUUCGUCGAUUCCGGGGGUCUACCGAAGGAGAGACUCACAACGACAGUGAGGAAACCUUCCGGGUACAUUGAGCAAACUACGAAGACUUCUCCCAUCCCGAUGGACGCGUAUAGGGCGAAAAUCGAGGAACAAGGUCUGCUCCCGGAGCGGAAGACGGAAAUCGACGAACGGCCCGAUGAGCGCACUCAGGUGACCGAUGAGAAAAUUAAAUUGAGCAGACCGCAGCCGACAGAGUCGACUGUUGUAGUGGGAGCUCCGGCGCCGGAGGAGAUUGUGCUUUCUGGUGUUGAAAUCUCCUCGGUCGUAUCGAGCCCCCGAGAUCAUCCCGUGAGUUUGGAUUCGACAGGUCACCCUGGAGUCGAAGUGCCGAGAAGGAUUUCCGUAGAUUCGGAGCAAACUCGAGAUUCCCAAAGAGUGACCACGGAGAAACCCGUCGGUCGCCGAGGCGCUGCGGGGCCUAAGGGCCCGAAGCCCGAUGGAAAGGCCGACGAACGGUCUCCCGAGAAACCAUCUCAACCUCACGGAGAAGAGAUCGUCGUGGUGGAACGUGAGAGCUCAUCAGCUGAGGCGGUCAGACCGUUGCUGUUCACGACGACUGGACUACUCUCUGAAGCUCCCGCGGAAGUAAUCGAUACGCCCAAAUUUGUGAUGCGGAAGAAAAUCAUCGAGAAGAAGAAAUCGCGGACGGAAGCUCCACUCACGGCCGAGCUUAUCGUCAUCGAACCGAAGUCGCAGCCAAUCAGCGAUCAAGAGCUCCCGACGGAAAUUAUUAGAGUCUCACCUCACCUGAAGCCGGAAUGCUCAGACCGGGAGGAUACCGUCAUCGAAAUCGUCGAGGGUUUCGUCGAUCGCCUCGGCAAACCAAAGACCAAGAAAAUCAGAGUUCUGAGAAAACCUUCCGGUGUGAUCGAGCAGAUCUCUGAAGAGACUGAAACCUCCACAUCUCUGCCGACGCUCGACGAAUCCAACUUGACCGUCGUUUCUGAGGAGAAAAUCGAUCUGAAAACAGCCGAAGUGACUAAGCGUAAGCUGAAAUCUCGACCGGACUCGAAAACCCCAGCGCAACCGGCAGAGAUCGAUGUCACGAUCUUGAAACCGAAACGGCGUUACCAGAGCAUCGACGUAUCCUCUAUCGGCUUCCCGGAGCUGGAUGUCACACCAAGGAUAUCUACAUCGUCGAAGCCCAGCUUGUCGUCGAACAUACUUCUCGAAACUACAGAAAUCUUCGUCGACUCCCGUGGGAAACCGAUCAUGAAAACGACCCGAACGACGAAACGACCAUCAGGGGACAUCGAGCAAGUUUCCCGCGUGGCCGAGAUCCCGUCGCAAACCUACGCAUUGUACACCAGGUCCGAACUCCCAGCAUCCGAACCCCUGGCACACCAGCAGCCAGGAGCUCCGGCGAAGAAGAAAAAGGUCGCGAAACCCCAGAAGAAGACCCCGUCGACGUCCGCUGCGGAGAAGGACACCGUCACCGAAAUCAUCGAGGAGGUCGUCGAGACAAAGAAAGUUCCCGGUCGGGAGGAGCCAACGCUCUGGGAGAAACCGUCGCUGAGGGAGAUCUGUGCUCAAACGUACGAUCUUUCCGAAUGUGACGUCAUCAGCGAAGAAUCGAUCGAUCUCGGAACCGUCCGUAUUAGCAGGCGCAAAUUCAGGCCCCGCAAAACUGAACCAAAACAGACAAUUCCGAAUCCGAUCGAGAUCGAAGUUCUGUCGGUCACACCGAAAGGUCGUAAAACGCCGAUUGAUGUUCGUGCUCUCGGCUAUCCCCAACUGGAUGUCUUCCCCAAAGUUCGGACCGAGUCCACUGGAAUACCCACUGGAGAGAUCAAGGUGGUGGAGACAACGGAAUUGUUCAUAGACUCGGCGAACCAGCCGAAGAGGAAGACUAUCAGAACGAUGAAGAAGCCGAGCGGUGAAAUCGAUCAGGUGGUGACGGUCUUCGAAGUAGCACCAGGAGAGCAAGAAUCCGUUUCUACCGACAAACCGUCUCUCGCCGUGCUAUCGCCCGAGACGGGAAGACCAACCGAAGUGUCACCGAGUGAGGCGCAACGAAUCGAAUCCGACGAAGCCGUUCGUGCAAAACCGCGGGAUGCGGAAACGGUGUUCAAACAGUCAGAAGGUAAGCCACCUAUCGCGUAUGAUGUCAGGCGUGAUGUUCCCAAAGACUUUUCGCAGCGUAAAGAAAGUUUAGGAUCCGGGGAAGGAUUUCCAAUCAUGGAACCGAACCUCUCGGGAAGGAAGGACCUCCACACGACCAUCCCACCUGGAACAGAGAGGCCUGAAGUCGAGGAGCUGCGCUCUAUCGAAGAUCGACCUCUGCCGAUGUCAGACGGCUACCAUGCCCACGCAUCGUCAAAACAUCCAAUCUCUGCUACUGAACUACCAGCGGAGCAACACGAUGCACAUCCGACAGCACGAGAUGCCGUGCUCAACGAGCUUUUCGGAAAACCUUUAACACCUGCAGAUCUUGAUCUUCUGAACGAACUGCCUUUUGUACUCGUAGAGGAUAAACCGACGUUCAGAGUGAGACAAAGAACCAUUCGUCGUCAGACAGACUCGCAGCCAAGCGAGAAGCCACCCACGGAAACGAAGCAAAUAGUAGUCGAGCCGAAAAUCGCAGGCGUUUGGCAGAAAGACCAAUUGCCGGCUAUAAUUCUCUCGCGUUGUUUGACCCCGGAUCUCUUGGAAAAUCCAAACGUUGCCAUCGAUACCGUUGAGCAGGUCACAACGCCCGAGGGUUCGAGAUGCAAGAGAACCAGACUGACCCUGUCCCCAGAUGGGACGAUUAGGCAGAUUUCAGAGCAACUCGAAGGCUCUAUGGUUGAAGCGAUUCCUGCGGAUCGAUUCGAUGAUGCGACCGUGCUUUCCGAAAGUGUCCUCGAUUUGAGACAAGGGGAAGUUGUGAAACGCACGUUGAAACCGCGACACUCACAUUCAGAUUUCCCUCAACCCAUUGUCGUGGAGAUCGUCACGUUGAAACCGAAAGUUCGCGGUGGUACCCGGUCUCCGAUUGAUUUGAGCAGUAUCGGCUAUCCCGACUUGGAUGUCCUGCCCAGAAUUUCAAUCGAGUCCGCGAAGCGUCCUGCAGCCACCGUGGUCCUGCGAACAGUGACGAGUUCGCUGGACACAGAGGGAAAACCGCAGCUGAUCAUGAAACAAACGACCAGGCAGCCGGAUGGCAAUAUUGAGCACAUCGCUCAAACAUUCGAUGUCGCUCAGGCGACCCACGAGGCUUUCACCACUUGGUGCGACCGGGUUUCUCCGGGAUCGAAGGCGACCGAGCGCGUCGAGGAGCGCGGCCCCAAGACCGAGUUCGACGCCUUGAUGUCGGCUCCGAUGCAAAUCAAAGAGAACUCUCGGUUCGUGCUGAGGAAGCGGGAGGUCAUCCCCGAGGCUGAGCCAUCAUCGAGUCCAUUGAGUUCCCCAAAAUUGACCUCGGUGUCCUUCGAGCCGAAACGCGCACCGAUUGCGGUCGAGAAUCUUCCGAAGGAAAUAUACAUUCCACCGCAGCUUGUUGAAUUUCCCAAAAACGUACCAAAAGUGUCAAAAAUAGCGGAGAGUUAUUCCGACACUGAAGGUAAUCUGAAAUCGAAACGGAUCAUCACGCUCAUCGAGCCUUCCGGUCGCAUCGAGCAGAUAUCCGCCGAGAGCGGUGAAAUAUCUUCCGAAGAGAUCAUAGACUCGCAGCAGCUUACAGUCGUGUCUGAAGAUUGUAUCGAUUUAGAUUCGUGUCUGUGCACAAAACGAAAACUUGCAUUGAAGCGUGAGCUCAUACCCGAUGAAUAUCCUCUAGAGAUAGAGUCCAUCACAAUAUCUCCCAAAUCUCGCGGAGUCGAAGUGAACUUGUCGGCCAUCGGUCUGCCUCAGCUUGAUGUCGUCUCGAGAUUGUCCGAUGAGACUCUUGUCUCUUCGGAACACGACGUCACGCGCGUGACCACGGAGGUCUUUGCGGAUUCACGGGGUGAAAGCAAGCUCGUAAUUACGCAGGUCACGAAAAAACCAUGCGGACUUGUAGAGCAGCUGAAGGUCUCGUUGGACAUGUCUCCGGAGGACUUCCAUCAAAUAACUUCAUCUGUUGCGAGUGGGUUGGCAGUCGACGAUCUCGCCGCUCGUGAGCCGAUUCUCCGACCGGGCAAACUGCUCAAAUUGGAUCAAGGAUCCGCCGAUUCGUCACUUCCGUUACAGCCGCAAGGGGCAGAACUGAAGUUGAUCGAGAUCGUAGAACAGAUCGUGGAUUCAGAAGGCCGAGCUAGCGCGAAAAGGACCAAGUUGGUCCAAAAGUCUCCGGGGGUCUUCGAAGUAAUUCUGCAGGAGAGUAAGGGCGGACGUAUGCAGAAACCACCCCUCAACUUGGACAGUGCUACAAUUGUGUCUGAGAAGAGAUUUGAUCGUGGGCAAGCCGAAAUCAUCGAGCGGAAACUCGAAUUACUCUCUGAUGAGCCAGCGGGCGAGACGCAGACCGUGGAAGUCACUGUUCUGAAGCCAAAGGAGGCCCAUAUUGAUAUAGAUGUCUCCGCGAUUGGCUAUCCAUAUUUGGAUAUUCUUCGGCGCAUCACCGUGGGUUCUGAUAGAGGAGCGUCUGAAGACGUGACUCUCGAAAAAACUGUCAUUUCGGCAGGACCUGGAUUAAGACCGAUCGAGAAAACUUCAACGACAACCCUGAAAGCUUCCGGUGUGCUGGAAAAUAUCGUCAUAUCUCGUGAAAUUCCGGUAGAGUCUUACCAUUCGAUCGUAACUGGUGACAGCAACUCGGGAGCCCCCGAUCUCUUUUCGAGUCCGAAACCCCUGAUUUUCGAAGGAGAGUACUCGGCUAUUCAUGCUUUUGACGAGGUCGCCGAAAAUUCGAAAUGUGUUGUCAGGAAGAAGAAGCUCAGCCCGAAGCGGGCAGGGGUCGGUAUUUCGGAAUUAAUAGUUUUCGAGCCCAAAACAUUCGAUAUCACUCAGAGAGAUCUACCGAGCGAGAUAAGAACUCCAAUUUUCAAACCGGAGUUCGCACGUCGAGAACCCGCGGUGAUCGAGGUGCUCGAAGAAGUGGUGGACGGCAGCGGCAAGGUUUCGAUCAAAAAGUCUAGAACACUGCGAAAGCCGCUUGGAUCGAUCAAGUAUUUGACCGAGGAGCUAGAACACGGUACUCGAUCUGAACCUCCAAACCUCUCAGAUUUCACCGUCGUGUCCGAGCGUUCGUUUGAAUUGAAAGACGUCGCUCUGACACGUCGCAAACUGAGACCGAAGAGGAAAGUUGUCGUACCAUCAUGCAUACCGGUCUUGAUUGAAACCUUGACCCUAGAGCCGAAAGCUGGGACAACCGCGGUCGACGUACGUUCCCUCGGUUAUCCAGAGCUGGAGGUGAAACCAUCGAUCUCCUUAAGCUCCAAUGACAGUGGGGGUGCCCUCGACUCCGUGGUCCAGACAACGGAGGUCUUCAAGGAUCUCAAACGGAGACCGAAGAUGAGAGUUCGGAGAACCGAACGGAAGCCUUCGGGUGUAAUUGAGCAAAUUCUAGUCGAGUCCGAAGUGACUCCGGAAAUAUUCGAGCUCUUCACUGUCAAGGAGGUGUCUGGGUUCCCAGCGAUCGCCGCAGGUCCCCGUCGAGAAGAAUUAGAAGAGUCGCCCCUUCCACCCGAAGAAGUCGAUACCAUCCCCUUCAGAAUGGAUACAGUCGGAAUCCGUCCCGAGGUCCGGGAAUUCAUUGGAACCGUGAACGUGGAUACUCUCAAAACCCUGACCGCGGAACACGAAGCUUCAGAGCCAACCUUGGUUGACAUAGUUGAGAGUUUCGUGGAUCGCGAGGGCAAACCGAAAACCAGGUUGACGCGGAUCGUUCGCAGUCCCUCCGGGAUAAUCGAGCAGCUGACAGAAGAGAAAGGAGGUAAGCCAGUAUUCGAGCCUCUGUUUGACAAAAGCGAAUCGAAGGUGGUCAGUGAAAGCGCAAUCGACUUGGAGGCGGCCCGUGUGCUUCGACGCGACUUCCGACCGAAAAGGGCGAAGUCUGAUCCGCCGAAUCCGGUCGACUUGAGUGUCACGCUUGUGGAACCUCGAGGAUCGGUUGAGAUCGACAUUUCGGCUCUCGGUUAUCCUGAGUUGGAUGUCCGCCCGCGCACGUCAUUGAAUGUUGUGUCGUCAAGGUGUACCGGUACUGUCGAAGUCUCGGAGCUUUUUGUGGACGCCAGAGAUGGGAAACCGAAGAGGAGAACCUCUAGAACGACAAGCAAGCCUUCCGGAGCCGUGGAGCAGAUCGUAAGAACGGAACAAAUAGCUCCGACUUCAUUCCGAACAGUCUUGUCGGGAGCAUUCGACACCGAGCGCGACAAGAGUCUUCUACGACUCUUAGCCGAUGUUCCUGAGGCGACGGUGGAGAGCCCGGGCUGCGUUGUCAAGGAGAGGUUAGCGGAAAUCGGACCUAGAGAAUCGAACAUCAAAAUCAAUCAACUUCGUUUUGAGUUGAAAACCCCCUCGACGCCUGGAUCUUCGGAAAGACCGACUAGCCUGAAACAAUCGAGCAAGAGCGAUGAAGCGGGUGUGAGCCACGAAUCACGUCGAACAGGACCGAUCCGAAUCGGAGUUUCCUCGAUGCCAGGGGAAACAUUUUUCUCGGAAGGGGAUAGGAUCCGAAGGGAGGUCUGCGGAUCAGUAUUGGAACCCGAAGAACUCAGCCUACUCGCUCGAACGCCUGAAAAGGUUCGGGGCACGAGCAACUCUACAGUGAAAGUUAAAGAGCUCGAGCUCGACCAUGGUGAUACCAAGAUAAGCGAAGUCGAUUAUGAGCCUAAGACGGCGCUUAUCGAUGAUCGAGACUUGCCAGAAGAAAUCGAAACGUCGCCUUCGCAGACCGAGUACUCGAGAGACCUACCUGUUCUCUUAGACAUCAAGGAAGGAUUUGUCACUUCCACAGGGGUCGAAAGGUUGCGCGAGGCCAGGGUCUUGAGAACACCUACCGGCUCAAUGAGACAGAUCUCCAAAGAGUCCAGAGGUGUGAUGCCAUCGGAACCCCUUUUCCGGGAUGAAGAUUUCCUCGUGGAAUCAGAGUCUGUAUCGACUCUCCCGCCUGCUAAAGUUACGAAGAAACAAUUGAAAUCGAGAAAGACUGCUCCAGCGGGCCAGGAGGAUACCCGAAUCGAAAUAACUGUCCUCAAACCCACAAGGGUCGGUCGACCAAUCGAUGUCCGCGCGCUGGGUUUUCCCCACUUGGAUGUACGGCCUAGAGUUUCAGCGGAAUCGAAGCUGUCCCCAUGUGCUCCCGUGGUUCGCGAAGUUAUCGAAACGUUCGUGGAUUCCGCAGGCAGAGCAUGCCGAAGGACUACCCGAACAGCCAGGAAACCGACGGGCGAGGUGGAGCAGAUUGUCAGAACGUCGGAAAUCUCACCAAAGGCCUUCGAGCUGAUCAUGGCCGGCCGAGAACAUCUACCGGAGAGGGUCGGACCCUCGAUCCUCGAUAUACGGGAAGCUGACAUUGCACUUUUAGACACGGCACCAGCUGCCGAACGUAAGAGCUCUGGUGCUCUUAACGCAGUCGUAGAGGAAAUCAUCGGGCGGAUCGUUGACCAUAAGGGCUUCGCUAGGGGUCGGAAGAUAACUAAGCGCUGGACCCCCGGGGGUCGCCUCGAGCGGAUCGAGGAGGAAAUCGAGGGCACGGCUCUCGAGGCAAUUCCUCCACCAGGCAGCGACCGAAUUCUCAGCUCAGAAUCGGUUGACUUGGGAGACGUGACGAUCGUCAAGCAGGAGUUGGAAGAGACGGAGACUCCCGGUCCAGAACCACAGUUGGUAACGGCUGAAGUCACGAAACUCAUACCGAAAGAUAUCGGAACGAAAAUCGAUCUCUCCUCGGUCGGACAUCCUGAGUUAGAGGUCAUCUCCAGGAUUUUCCCUGAAUGCCUCCGCGAAGGAAAUCCUCCUUCCGACAUCACAAUAGAAAGAACACAGCUCUUCCCAGACUCGGAGUUCGAGCCCAAGAAGGUGGUUACGAGGAUCACCCAGAGUCCUUCGGGAGAAAUAGAGGAGCGAAUCACUCGUUUCAGGGAAAAACCGAUUCCCCGCGAGGACGCCACGCACCACGCCACACCCGAGUCGAAGACGAGCGCAGAUCUGUCUGAGCAUAUCAAAAUGUUGCCCUCGAAAGCCGACUACUCGGCAUCAUCGAGCGUCGCCAUUGACCUGGUAGAGCAAUUCAGCGAUGAGGACGGGCAGCCCAAGCUGACACUGGUCUCGGAACACACCAUCGAUCUAGCGGGUGUGCGAGUCACGGAAAGACAUCUCGAAGCCGUAAAAAGCGGACCAGACUGUUUGAAUCCGAUCGAGAUGACUGUUACGAUUCUCGUACCCAAGGAUACCAGCCGGACGAUUGAUGUUGCCGCUCUUGGGUAUCCAGAACUCACGGUUUUACCCAUACCAACGGGAACCGAAUCCAAAAAGUCCCCUGCGGAUCUUGUUCACGAGACCACCGAGGUUUUCGUCGGUAGCCGCGACGGAAAGCCGAAAAAAGUCGUGACAAGAAUCGAGAGAAAACCUGCAGGGAUCAUUGAGCGAGUCGUGAGCUCUUACGAGCUGACGCCCGAACUAUUCGAGGCUGGCAUUGCAGCGGCACCCGCAAAUGCCCCGACAGGGGGAGACGAAACUCCGAUGCCGAGUCGUCGUACGACCCUAUCCGAUUGGGGGAGAAAUCUUGAGCUCCUCUCUUCGGUUCCUUGGGAGAUUUCGGAGUCUGGCGGAUCUCUCACGAAGAAGAAAACGCUUGAGACUGAAGAUGUCACGGUUCGAGAGCUGAUUUUCGUCCCGAAGAAAUUCGCCCGUCGCAAUUUGCCGCGAGCGAUAAAAGUUUUCCCUGCGAAGGCCGACUUCUCCGACGACGGGACUCUCUCAGAGGAAUAUCUGGGAGAUUCACUGAAAUCGUCCUUCGACGUUGAGGAACUCGACGUCGAAUCCGAAGAAAUUCUCAAACGUCGAGGGGCUCAGAUAACCAGGCGUGAAUUGAGACCGAAACAGCCUAGGAGUCCCGGAGAGAUAGAGAUCGACAUAGAGGUGACGGUUCUAGAGCCAACGGGAUCCCGUCGACCCGUAGACGUCUCUGCCAUUGGAUUUCCCGAGCUGGAUAUCCUGAACUCCAUAUCUCUGCAUCCGAAGCCGUCACCGGAGAGCGAAGUUGUGCUCGAAUCCACGGAAAUAUUCCUUGAUUCGAAAAGGGUGCCCAAGAAGAUAAGGAAGCACACGACUAGGAAACCGACGGGACAAAUCCAGCAGAUCGUCUGCUCUUCUGAACUGUCGCCAACUCUCUAUCGAUCGCUCACAGACCUCGAAAGCCCGUUAUACAAAGUGGACGUCGCGGGGUUGACCUCACCGCCGUCGCAGGGAAAAUUAAUCGAGCCGGAAGAAAGCUCAUCCAGCGAUGAGGCUGGUAGACCGUUCUUCGAUUCAAGGAAUUCCGAUGUGAUUUCCGAAGAGACCUUGGAGCUCGGAGACUUCCAAGUGACGAAGCGGAGACUGAGGCAGCGGCCUCAGAAGUCUAAAGGCGAAGAGUCGUCACCGGCAGAGAUCGAUAUUUUGAUUUUGAAGCCCAAGAGAAGCGGUAUCCCGAUUGACGUUCAGGCUCUGGGAUACCCCGAGUUGGACGUGUUCCCUAAAAUCAUUGCGUCGUCAGCGAACGUUGCGGAGGAGACUGUGCAGAGCUCUGAAAUCGUUCGUGAGCCGCAGGAUACGUUGAAGAGGAGAACGAUUUGGACAACAAGGAAGCCCUCCGGAGAAAUCGAGCAAAUCGUGAGAACAUCUGAUAAUUUACCAGAAUCAUACGGGCUAGUUCCGGUCGGUGUUCCCGAUUCCGAGCAUAAAUUUGACUUGCCGAUGGGAAAAACUUCUCCUGUAGAACUCGUUCCCGCCGCGGAAUCCGAUCGGAGCAUUCUGACAGCUGAACCCGGAAAACACUUCGAAGAAUCGACUUCGAGACCCGCUGUGGUUGAGGUCGUCGUACAGACUGUCGACGAGAGCGGCAAUAUCCGGUCGAUCGUAACUAGAACGUGCCGGAAGCCUGCUGGAGAUAUCGUGGAAACCACGGAACAGGUCGAGGGUGCCACGCUCGAACCCGCUGAGAACUUGCCCGACGAUUGGUUAGUCAAUUCAGCGACGAUCGAUCUUGGGAAAGGAGCGAAAUUGGUCAGAGAAAUAUUCAAACCGAAGGAAUCAGACUCUCCUGUGCCUCCUACCUGCGUGAUCGAAGUGACGAAACUCGUUCCAACGGAAAAGGACUCCCCGGCCGAAGCAGCGUCCGUCGAUUAUCCGGAGUUCGACGUAAUGAGCCUAGCAAAAAGUUCUGAACUCGCGAUAUCUCCCUCAUCCGAAGUUACGGUGCAAAAGUCGGAAGUUCAUGUGGCUCCAGGCAUUCGGCCCAGGAGGAAGAUCACAAGAGCUGUACGGAAGCCAUCGGGCGUAGUGGAGCAGAGAGUCACUUCGCUUGAAAUGAGUCCUAGCGCCUACGAGCAGUACAGAGUCGAAGUACUCCAAGAGAUCCGGGAAAUAGCGGAAUUCAUCGGAGACGGCUCAGGCAGACCCCUGAGAGCGCCGAUCGUUUUUGACGCAGAAUCGCUACGAGCUUUUGAGAAGGCACCUGAGGAACUUUCGGAUACCCCCGAAUCGAGAAUCAGCACUAAGAGAAUCGAGUUCGACGGCAAAGUUCUUCAGCACGUCGUUCUCGAACCCAAAGCAUUCGAAGUGACGGAUUCGGGGUUGGCGGAAGAGCUCGAUAUUCUGUCUAUGAGAGAUGAAUACUCGAAGGAGAGACCUGUACUCGUGGACACUUUGACAUCCACAGUAGACAAGAAGGGAGUCCCAAGAUUGAAAAAAUCGCAAGUAAUCCGCCAGCCUUCGGGAACGUUCAGAAAAAUCUCAGAAGAGUCAAUUGGGACGAUCGAGGAGCCCGAAUUCCCCGCGGACGACAUGACCCUUGUAUCCGAAGAAAAUAUACAGCUCGGCACCGCCAAAAUAUCGAAACGUCGACUGAGGCCGAAAGGUAAAUUAUCCGGUGUAUCAAGAAUCGAUGUCGAAAUCAAUGUUUUGAAACCGAAGAAAAAAGGCGGAAAACGUCAAAUCGGUUUGUCUUCGGUCGAAUAUCCGGGAUUCGACACCGAACCGCUUCUCGCGCUUGAAUCGAAAUCGUCGCCGUCCAGCAACAUCGUUGUCGAGAAAACCGAGCUCUUCGUAACUCCGGAAAACGUGCCGACGAGAAGAACGACUCGAACCACCAAGAGACCGACAGGUGAAAUCGAGCAAGUGAUCGCUACGCUCGAAAUCGUACCCAGAUUGUUUGAAGAUUUGAUCGCUUCUGUCGAUAAGAAGUCAACGAUGCCGCCAGACAGGAGUCUUCCUUUCAUUGCUCCGGGUUUGAGACGGAAAUUCACGAAAACGUCUCGCGACCUCAGUCCCGCUCAGCCGAUGCUCGAUCUGAAGGACCAUUCCAUCAUUUCGGAAAGUUCAAUCGAUCUUGGCUCCGUCGUCCUCACUAAACGGAAAUUGGGACGAGAUACGAAAGAACCGGACUCUUCAGAAUCGGAGCCUCUUGAAAUUGAUCACGUGAUUUUGACUUCGAAGAAGCCUGACGUUCCAAUCGAUGUCAGGGCGCUCGGCUUCACUGAACUGGACGUUUUUCCCAAAUACGAGUUGAUUCCGAGUUCACAUCCCGAUGAGAGCCUCGUUGUCGAACGGACGGAACUUCUAACGGGACCAUCGAAUAAGAUUUUGAAAAGAACGACCAAAACCCGAAGGGGUCCCGAUGGUCGAAUCGAGCAAAUUUCUGUCUUGAAAGAGACGGCCCCAGAAGAGUGCCGCCUGAUAGACAGAGCUCCAGCAAGCGAUGUCGCCUUGGAAGAUAGGAAGGAGCGAUCGGUGAGGCCUUUGCCCGCUCAGUCGCGAUCUCCGAAAGCCGAAGUUCCACAGCUCCAGAGGGUCAGUCCCAGCACAUUGGGUGAAAUCGUGGAAAAGAUCGAGCAGAUCACGGAUGGGCAGGGCAGGUUGAAAAGUAGGAAAACAAUUUUGCGGAAGAAUUCGGCGGGCGAUUCAGAACGAGUGGUCGAGGAUUCGGCGGUUGCUCUGCUCGGACCGCUCCCAGAAUACUCGGCGGACACCGUCCUCAGCAGCGAGACCAUUGAGCUCUCGAAAGCAACGCUGAUCAGACAGACUCUCGAACCAAUGGAAACAUGUCCGUCUGGAGUGAAAUUGACACAGAUAACCGUCUCAAAGCUUGUUCCCAAGCCCGGCGAAGUGCUCUGCGAUGUUUCUUCGCUAUCGUACCCAGAGUUGGGUAUCGUUCCCGAAAUCUCGUUGACAUCGGACGAGUCCCCACUGGAGGCGACUGUGGAAACCACGGAGCUAUUCGUGGAUUCAGAUGGUAGAUCGAAGAAAAGAGUUACCAGACUGCGCAAGAAGCCUUCGGGUGAAAUCGAGCACAGAAUGAGUAGCUACGAUAUCGCCCCAAAGGUCGAUCAGGAGCGGGACUCCGGUGAGCCAUCGAUCAUCGAUAUCAGUGCAUCCGUUCUGUCCGGAGAACCUGAAAGAAUCGUCGAGACGCCGAAAUUCCUUCUCAAGCAGAAAUCAAAAGAAAUCAGAAGCGCACAAGGAGAUGAGCCUGUUUACGUGGAGCAGAUCGCGUUAGAGCCGAAAGGCUCCGACAUCGUCGAGAGGAACCUACCGGCCCUCGUGAAGGUCUCACCCAUGAAACCCGAGUACAGUAAAGAGUUUCCGACGAUAGUUGGAGUCACCGAAAUUUUCACGGACACUCGCGGUAAGCCAAAAACCAGGAAGAGUAGAAUAAUUCGGAGACCUUCAGGGGCCAUCGAGCAACUCACACAAGAAUCGGGAGAGAUCUCGAAGCUUCGUCUCAUCCCGGAAGAAUACAAAUUCACGCUUAUAACUGAAGAUUCCAUCGACCUGAAGGUGGGGAAGAUCUUGAAGCGCGUUCUCGUGCCGAAGGAACGAGAUUCUUCUCUGCCGCACGAACGGGAGGUUACGCUGUUGAAGCUGAAUAAGCCGCAUCGGAAAAUAAGCGUCAGCUCAUUAGGUUUUCCGGAACUCGAUAUCGUUCCGAAAGCUUCUCCCCAUUCUGAGCCUUCGUCCUCGGCGGAUCUUAUGCUCGCAACCGUUGAGAUAUUCGUCGACGCGAAGGACAGAAAGCCACGGAAGAGAAUUACGAAGAACAUCAAGAAACCCUGCGGUACGACUGAGAGAGUUGUUGACGUUUUCGAGAUCACACCUGAGACUUACAAUCAGUACACAGCGGGUGUCAGCGAAGCUCCCAAGGGUGCUCCACUAAAGAUAGAGAGCACAGGCGAGCGGACUACACCACGUCCGAUUCCGAUGCGCGUUGGACCUCUGAGUGCGCAGCACAUCGAAGCUCUGCGCAGAGCUCCCACGCGGGUUUCCCAUACGCCCAAGUAUGAAGUCACGAAGAGAGCAUGGGCGAUGGGCGACGUGAAGCUCGAGGAGCUCAGUCUCAAACCCAAGACAUCGGAUAUAAGUAACGAUGAUGUUCCCCAAGAGAUCAAAGGCUCCCCAUUGAAUGCCGAAUACUCAGAUAAGGAGGCAGCUCUCCUCGAUAUCUCUGAAGCAGUAGUCAUUGAAGGAGUUCCUCGGGUGAAGAAAACAAAAACGAUCCGAUCACCGUCCGGGAACAUCAAACAAGUCUCUAUCGAAGCACAGGGAGCGGCCCCGGCACCGUAUUUCGAAGAUCGCGACCUGGAUCGCAUCAGUGAGGAAAUCAUUGAUCUUGAGAGAGCAAAGCUGAGCAAAGCUCUUUUCGAGGUCAGAGGCGAGCGAACGAUCGACGGGAAGGACUUAGAGGUUAUGAUCACGGUCUUGGAGCCGAAAUUUCCCCGUGAGAUAAUCAACUUGUCGAGCAUCGGAUAUCCUGAACUGGACAUCGCGCCUUUCGUUGCGCCUGGAUCGAGAGCCUCAUCCCCCGGCGACGUCGUCUGCGAAACAAACGAAGUUUUCGUCGAUGCGAGAGGUAAACCCAGGCGACGCUUGAGACGCACGGUAAAGAAAUCAACGGGUGCUAUCGAACAGAUGGCCACCACUUUCGAGAUAUCGCCGGAGACCUUUACUGCGCUCACUGGAGAGCUAAUCGUGGAGAACAAGCCGGGAGUCCCCUCAAGUAUCCCAGUUGCUCCCGGGGAGGUCACGGGAUCAAGAGGGAACCUCGAUGAGGAGACUCCAACAUCCGAGGGGCGGCGAAGCGGACCCGGUGUUCCAUCAGAUAGGAUCGACACCUUCCAUGAAAGCCAUCCCGAAACGAGGAAAGUCCGGGAAAACCCUAUCGAGGGAGCCAAAAAAUCAUCAUCUACGUCGGAAGUUCCCGGGCUGGAGGUGAUAAGGGCUACGCCCCGUAAAGCGGAGCAUUCCGAGCAGUCCCCGAGCAUGGUUGAAGUUCGUGAAAGCUUCGUUGCCGAAGGCCUGCCGAAAGUCAGACGUAAUCUCGUGGUGCGGGAACCCUCAGGCGAAAUUCAGCAGGUUUUGGAGGAGACAGCCGCUGAGUCGCUCGUUACGACUGUGCCCGAUGAAAGUGACUUUGUUGUCAUUUCUGAAGGUUCCGUCGAUGUCGGAUCUGCCAAGGUGACGAAACGCAAACUUAGGAAACGGAGAACAUCGCCUGGGGAUUUGGCUCCCACGGAGAUAGACUUCACCAUUAUCAAGCCUAAGAAUCCGUAUGGAACAAUCGACGUUUCCGCUAUCGGUUACCCCGAGCUGGAGCUCGUGCCAGGCAUUUCGUUGCACACUUCCGUAGACAGACUCUACGAAAUCACAGAGCUCUUUGUCGACAAGGAGGACGCUCGGAGGAAGAUGAAGGUGACGAAAACUGUGAAGAAACCUUCGGGAAUAAUCGAACUCACGGUACGCUCAUCCGAAGUCUCUCCCGAAACCUUCGACAGAUUGAUUACGAAGGGAGCCUUCGGUGAUAAGCCUACGGGAGCUCGUCUCGAAAUUCUCGAAGCACCUCCGACUUCCGGAUUCCGUGGCCCGAAGUCCGCGGAAACUCCGCGAAGAGGCGACGAAACGAAUACCGGAUCACCCGGGACGACAGUUUUGAAGAUUUCUGAAGCACACACCGACAGUGCAGGAGUCCCGAAAGUACGUGAAACGACACUUAUUCGGGGCUCAUCCUCGGGAGAGAUCACACAGCUUUCCAGAGAGUUCGAGGGCACCGUAGCUGGACCUGAGCCGCUUCAAACUCAGGAUAUGGUGCUGAAAUCUGAAGAUAUCGUGAACCUUGGUCCAGUUAUAGUCGAGAAGCGGAAAUUCAAACCGAAGAAGCGAUCGAAAACCGCUUCGGGCGAUCGAAUCACGUCCGUCGAAAUUAACAUCUUGAAAGCAGCGGAGCCCCAGCAGCCUCCGGUUGACUUGUCCUCGAUCGGUUUACCAGACCUAGAUAUUCUGCCCAAGAUGACCCUGGAUUCUGAUUCAUGUCAAGUCGCUGAUAUCUCCCAUGAAACGACAGAAUUCCAUCUCAACUCCAAAGGGAAGCCUGAGAAAAAAUCUACCUUCACAACUCGACGACCCACGGGUGAGGUCGAGCAGAUUAUCACUACUCACGAGAUUAGUCCUGAAACUUUCGAACAACAAACGAAAUGCGAGAUUCCCUCGAAAGCGAAACAUGGAGGAAGCGCGCCGAUCAGAAAAGAGCGAGGCACAACAUUGAAGAAGAAGAAGAAGAAAGAGAAGCCUGCGGAGCUCACGCCGUCAUCGUAUAUCUCCGAGCCGUUAUACGACCUAGCGGAUUUCUGUGUGGUCUCAGAAGACAAGAUUGAUCUUCCCGGGGUCCAGGCGACAAAACGCAAGCUGAAGCCUCUGCCUGCCUCAGAAUCCCGGGAAGGAGAGGCGCAGCCGAUAGGAGUAGAGAUUCUUAUCCUGAAACCGAAGGAUACUUCUCGAAUAGAUGUUCGAGCAUUAGGCUUCCCUGAAUUGGAUGUAUUCAGCAAGAGUACCAGGCUCAGACCUUCCUUUGAAUCCCGUCAGACCGAGACCGUGCGCAGGGUUGAGGUGAUACCGCGCCCUGGGAACACUCCCUUGAAAAGAGUUACUACGAGUAAGAGGAGACCGACAGGCGAAGUAGAGCAGGUUAUUGUCGAGACUCUAGAGCCGCAGCUUCCGGCUCUCCCCAACCCCGAUCGUUCAGAAAACGAUGUCGUCGCAAUCGAGGAGAUCAUCGAACAGGUUGUCGACGGGCGAGGCAGAGCGCGCAGCGUGAAGACCACCGUUCGCAGCGAAGCCACAGGGAGCUUCGAACGUACGGAGGAAGAGAUCCCGGGUGAAUCAUUGGGACUUUUCCCGAAUCUCCCGGAAGAGACCCUUGUCAGUAGGGAGGCGGUUGUUCUCCGCGGUACGGAUGUGUUGAAAGAGAGGUUCGAACGGAAAAGCGGUGGACAGGGCGAGGAAGAAUCGCCUGUGGUCUCCAUCGAAGUACUGAAGCUGGCUCCGAAAGUCAGCGGAGCAGCAAUCGAUGUGGCCUCUAUAGGUUUCCCUGAUUUGAACGUGUUGACCAAGAUUCCUCUGGAGUCUGAAUCGCUUGCCUCGGCCAAGAGGGUCGCUAACUACCAACUGACCCCGGCGGAGUUCGACAAAUUGACUGCACGCCCUCCCGGUCCCGAUACCCUCUUCUCCGAUAUCGACGUUGAAGCUUUACGAGUACUCCCGGAACGAACAAUUGAAUACCCCCGUUUCAUCGCAAUACAGAGGUCGCUUAGCGUCCGCGAAUCACCGCUCGCAGAACCCGGAAGGCUCGAGCAGAUCAGAUUCCAACCGAAGACAGGCCAGAUCUCUGAGGGUGAUCUGCGCGGAGUUAUUAGAAGUUUGCCGAGGAAAAUCACAUUCUUGGAGCCUAAUUCGGUAUGUCUGGGCUUAGUCGAGAAAUUCAACGAUUCUGCGAACAGAUCCAGAAUCAGAAAAACCCGUGUGGUUCGAGAACCUUCCGGAGAUGUAGAAUUCUCGAGAGAAGAGCGAUCCAAUGCAUCCGCUUUGCCUCCAGCGUACAACGAGAGCGAAUUCAUAACUGUCUGUGAGGAUGUCGUGAAUCUCGCGGAAGCAAAGAUCAGCAAACGAAAGUUGAAGCCGAGGAAGCCAAAGUCCGAUUCGUUCGUUCCGGUCGCGAUGGACCUAGUGGUUCUCACUCCGAAAACAUCGGCCCGAUCGAUCGACGUCUCGAAGUUGGGCUUGCCGGAACUCGAUGUCUUCCCGGAUCUGUCUAUCAGAUCGUCCGCGGAUUCUGUGCUGGAGACAACAGAGGUCUUCAUCGAUGUCGAUGACAGAAAACCGAAGAGUAGGAUACGGAGGACGACAAAGAAACCGUCCGGCGUGAUCGAGCAGAUAGUGAGCGUGUUCGAACUUCCAGUCGAGCUAUGCGCCUCUUGGCUGGAAUCACCGAGCUCCGUGGUUUCAGCGAAUCCUCUUGGACCUUCCAACUUUGCUCCCGCCCCGAAUGUCCUCCUCACUCCAGCAAUGGCAGAGGCUCUGGAACAAGUUCCGGAGCGAGUCACUGAAAAUCGAAGAUCUAGAAUCAAAACAAAAGAACUUCGCCCAGAUCGCGGAGAUUCUCCAGUUAAUACAAGAGUCGAACAAGUCAUCUUCGAACCGAAAACAUCGUCAUACUCCGUGAGAGAUUUGCCAAAAGAGAUGAAGAUCAAUCCGCUGAAACCUGAAUACUCGAAGAAUAGAACGAGUGUCGUUCUAAGUACGGAAGCCGUCGUUGAGGUCACUGGGAAUACGAAGAAACGGGAGACAAAAUGUAUUCGUUUUCCUUCAGGUCAGAUUGUACAGAUCUCCAUCGAGUCUGACGGCACAGUCGCUCCGCCUCAGUUCGAGGAGUCCGACCUAAUUCUGAAAUCCGAAAAGUCUGUCGAUCUCCGAACAGCCAAACUGGUUAAGAAGAAGUAUACACCCAAGCAAACAGAUGGUACGGUUAUCGACAUCGACGUGACGCUGCUGAAACCCAACAAUGAUCAGCGAGAUAUCGAUGUGACAGCCAUCGGGUAUCCCGAGUUGGACGUGGUUCGAAUGGUAUCCUUCGAAUCCAAGCCACAGCCAUCAGAUAAAGUUGUGAUAGAAAUGAGUGAGAUUUUCGUCGACGCGAAGGGCAAACCCAAACAGAGAACAACGCGAACCGAGAGGGAAUCGACGGGAGAAAUCAGUCAAACGGUGAUAUCUUUCCCGAUAUCAUCUGAUAGGUAUGAGCUGCUCACGAGCUGUGAUCGAUUGUCGUCUGUCACUCCGACCCGGGAAUAUGAGUCCCCGAGAGCUGCACCCCACAAGGCUCACGUGGAGGAGUCGCCAACAGAUGCUGCCGACGAUUUCGUCGGCACUGUCCUAAUUUCUGAGGAUAAAAUCGAUCUCCCGACCGCUCAGGUCAGAAAACGCAGACUGAAACCGAGGCUCCCAAUCGAUGAGCCCGCACUCGGGACUCAAGCUCAUGAAAUUGAGAUCCUCACGAUCACACCUGUUUCGAAGAGCGCUCCGCUAGACGUUGUUUCCCUCGGUUAUCCCGAGCUCGACGUCUUCCCUGGGUUGCCACCGAAAACAGAGGUGGGAUCGACUUCCUUUCAAUCGAUCGAAAAGAGUGAAGUGGUCAUCAAUCCUGAUGGGAGCCGGAAGAGACGAGUCACUAGAGUCUCGAGGAAACCGAGCGGUCUGAUAGAACAGGUCGUGAAAACUUUCGACGAACUUAACCCCUCCCCGACUUCGGAUUUAGCAGCUGCUGACGAGACUGAAACGCUUAUUCUCCCAGAAUCGGAGUCGAGCAUUCUCGCGAACCCAACCCAAAAGUCGGAAGUUAUAGAGCAGAUUGCGUCCGAGCGUCCCGGCAAAUACAAGAGCAAAAAGACGAUCAUGCACAAAAGUGCAGGAGGUGACGUCUUCCGAGCUGUCGAGGAAUUCGAAGGGAAGUCCCUCGAGCCUCUUCCAUGUCUAGCGGAAGAACUCAUGCUCAGUGAAGAGAAAAUAAGUUUCGGGGAUGCGGACUUGAUCAAGCAAGAAUUCGGACCUAGUGAGAAUUCAUCUCCUGCCAUGACGCCUAUUCACGUCGAGGUCCUCAAGCUGACGCCGAAAGAAGGUUCAACUUCGAUUGAUGCAGCGUCUCUCGGCUAUCCCGAGUUGGAUGUGCUCUCGAGAAUCACGAUCGAAUCGGAAGAGUCCCUGCCUAUCGAGGCCACAAUCGAGGAGUCCGAAACUUUUGUCGAUGCCGCUGGCAAACCGAAGAAAGUCGUGUCGAGGAUGACAAAGAAACCAUCAGGGGAGAUUGAACGUCGAGUUUCCUCCUACGAUAUCACGCCGCAGCCAGAAGCGAGAAUCGCGGGUACUCCCAUCUUCUCCGACAUCGACGAGAAGAGUGUACGGAGCAGCGUACCGGGGGAGGUUAUCGAGUUCCCCAAAUUCACGAUGCAUGCCAAGUUCUUGAAAACUCGAGGCGAGGGAGAUAGCUCUCCGCGUGAGCUCGAGCUUAUCUCACUUCACCCCAAAGCUCCGGAUGCUGGUGAGAAUGAUCUGCCGGAACGAAUAGAGCUUUCACCGCUCAGGGCGAUUUAUUCCAGCUCGAGUCCAGUUCUCAUCGAACAAGUUGAAGAGUUUGUGAACUCGGACGGCAAACCGAUGGCUCGGCAAACACGAGUUACCCGGCAGCCGUCAGGUGUGAUAGAGCAAUUGAGCGAAGAGAGGGCAAGGACGUCGUCAAGUAUUCCAACAAUUCCCGAUGAUUCACCUCAUUUCAUGCCCGUGUCCGAGGACACUAUCGAUCUCGGCGACUCGAAGGUAUCGAAGCGCAAACUGAAGCCGAAAACGCAGAAGUCGUCAGUCCCCUUACCGGUUGAGAUGGAGAUCACGAUUCUCAAACGGGUUAGUCCCCGUCGUACGCUCGACGUCGAAUCCUCGGGAUACUCUGAAUUGGAUGUAAGCCCGAGGAUUCUAUUGUCCAGCACUGCCGAAGCCGCUUCGGAGAAGACAGAGAUCUUCAUGAGCAGCGAAAGCCACAAGCCGGUCAAGAAAAUUACUCGAAUCUGUAGGAAACCAUCAGGGAUCAUUGAACAAUCGGUGAGCCUAUUCGAACUGGACACCGAAGCCUUCAAAUCGUCCGUAAGGAAGCGGGUUCCGGACGAGACCGAGGGGCGAAUCGAAGAUAUCUCGGAUUCGCGCCGUCCCGAAAAGCUCCAUCGGAUUGGGACGAGGCCACCCUCGGGCAAUGUCAUUUUCGAAAGACUCAAAUUCGAACCCAAGCGAUCUUCAAGGAAGUAUGGGAACGUUCCUGCGGAGCUCCGCACGUCCUUGCUGAAGCCCGAGCACGGGAAGGCAACCACGGCCUCGAUAAAAACUAGGGAAGAGUUCUUCGUCGAGGGGCAUCCGUCGCCUCGCGUGAGGAUCACCGUCAUAUCGAGGUCUCCCUCCGGAGAUAUUCAGCAGAUUUCAAGGGAAUCAGAGGGUCGCCUACGUCACCCGAUUGCGGAUCAUCUCGAGGCAACUCCAGUUACGAUGGAGACCUCAGACUCGGGUGGAGUGCGGAUCCUCAGACACAAGUUGCUUCCUAAGGCAUUGACCCCACAUAAGGCUGAGAUCACGGCGAUGGAGGUGUUCACAUUGGAAUUCGGACCCAACAGCGGAUCGCCCCGCGAACUGAAACAUCCAGAUAUCGAUACGGAUGCCAUUGAGGCGGUGCAACGGAGGGCGACCCCCACAGGCAGUGCGGUCAUAGAGAAGAUCGAAUUAUUCCAACAUUCGCGCACUAAAGAACUCAUGUUACGAACCACAAGGACCGAACGAGAGCCUUCCGGAUCGAUAACCCAAGUGAGAAUUGUUCGUGAAGUCUCUCCGAAGACUUUCGAACGACUCAUUGACGAGCCCGAUAUCCUGAAUGUAUCUGUCUCCGAAGCCUUAGCCGAGGCGCCGGAAGAAAUCAUCGAGACCCCGAUGUGGACUCUGCGCAGGGAAGCGCUCGAGUUGAAUCCCGAAACCCUCCGUUGGACUCCUAUUGAAGACGACGAAAUUCGCCCAAUCGAGAUCCAAGCGAGACCUGCCGAACGGACACAUCAAGGUCGAAAAGAGGGGAAUGCGGACAAUGAACCUGUCGAUAAAGAAGGGGAAUCCGGGGAGGGAGUCGAGCUAGACAUCUCCGAGUCGAGUAGGCAACCAGGAGGUUAUAAAUCGAGGAAGCUCCCUGAGGAGGAUUCGAACGAGCGAGCUUUCAUCAGUCGACUUCCAAAACUGGAAAGGAUAAAUUUCCCCGAGGAAAUGCGUGACAUUGAGAAAGAAAUCUGUGAAUCCAAUGAGUUCAUCGUCGAGAAGAGGGCUCUAAGCAUCGGGGAAGGAUUAGCCCGGGUAGUCGAGUAUGAGAGUCAGGUCAUGAGACCGAAAUACACUGUUGUCGACAGAGAGCACUGGCCGGAAGAAUUGAGAAAUCUGUCCGAGGGAAGCCUCUCGUCGCCUCAUGCUCCACACUUGAUUCAGCAGCGUGAGCGUUUCGUUGACUCCCGGGGUAAGCCUCGGCUUCGGAGGACAAGGGUCAUUCGGAGACCUUCAGGGAAGAUCGAGAAGCUCUCCGAGGAACGAGAGAGCCCUCGCCCCAUGAAUAUUUCCGACGAGCCGAAAUCGAUAAUCGUCUCGAAAGAAAUCUCGGACCUAGGCCCGGCAACUCUCACGAAGAUCCUCUUGAGUCCGGAGCAACAAACCUCGGACCAUUUCAGAAUGCCCGAUACCGAAAUCAUUAUCCUGGAGCCGAAACGCUAUCAGAGCCGAGUGAAAGUAGAAGCGCUCGAUGUGCCAGAUCUCGCCACCGCACCCAAACUGAGCUCUAGGCGGGAAGCGCCCACUUCCGGAGAUGUCAGCAUCGAAAAAAUCGAGCUUUACGUCGAUGACCUGGACGGCAAACCCAAACUCAAGGAGACGAGAUUAGAGAAGAAACGUUCCGGAGUCAUCGAACAGCGGGUCAGAAUUUUCGACAUAACUCCUGAGAUACUCAGAGAACUCGUACCAACAGCCUCUGGAGAGGAUGUCACGGACGGUAUCCCGGACGAUGUCGUCGAGGAUCUGCUGUUCGAUGCCCCCGAAGAGAUUCUCCAGAGCACCGCCGGUGUCGUCCGUAAGAAAGAAGUGAUUCUGGCCGAGCAUGAGUCGAUGCCCGUGCCGGUCUCGGUGCAAAAUAUUCUCUUCGAGCCCACAGAGUUCAGUGCCUUCCAAAGUGACUCGCUGCCUCCCGAAAUCGGUCUGCCGUUGGCUGGCACGGACUACUCCAAAAAUGCACCGAUAUUGGUGGAAACAGUAGAAAGCGUUGUCGAUGCUGAAGGGGACCGUCGGGUGAGGAGAAGCAGAACGACUCGGUCGCCUUCCGGUUCCGUCGAGAAGCUUUCGAAGGAACACAAAGGGGAACUUACGUUGCCCACGGUCGACAGGAGUUCCCUCCAGCAGAUAGCCGAGGACUCUCUGGAUCUUGGAGCAUCCGAGAUCACCAAGCUUAGAUUCAAGCCAAAGAGAAAGGUAGCCGGCAGCUCGAAGCCGAUCGAGGUACGGCUGACAAGGCUAGAGCCCAAGGCUUCCGAUAUCAAGAUAGACGUAACAGCUUUCGGUUUUCCCGAGCUCAAUGUCGAAGGCCCGGUGUCAUUCGGAGCCGAACUCCAUCGACCGUUGGACUUGACUUCAGAAAAGACCGAAGUUUUCGUCGAUGCUUUAUCGGGUGUCCCAAAGAAGCGAGUGACGAGAAUCUCGCAGAAGCCGAGCGGUUCUGUCGAGAGCAUAGUGAGCGAGUACGAGAUUCCUUUGAGUAUUUUCAAGCUCCUCGUGCUCCCUUCGAAGGAAGCCGCAAGUUCCGAACGCGAACAGCCGGAAUGGAUUGCCCUGAGGGAAACACCCAUAGAGACCACCGAAGACGUCGGCUACGAGAUCUCAAUGCAGAGCGCCGUGAUUCCUGGCGAAAGCUCUGCAAAUGAAACCACGAUCCUGGAAAAAAUUGUUUUCGAGCCAAAAAUUCCUGGCUCCUCCCAGAACGAGCUCCCCAAGGACUAUUUGAGGGUUUGUCCGGUCGAUAUCGAUCGUUCAGAGCAACACGCAAUGGUCAUCGAUGUCAUUGAAGAGAUCGUAGACCAACGGGGUGAGCCGAUGGUCAAGAGAUCGAAUUUGCUAUUCCAAUCCUCCGGAAGGAUCGAACAGGUUUCCAUUGAGAAACCCGGUCGGACAUUGAUACACGCGGUGGAUUCGACCCAGCCUGCGGUUAUCUCGGAGGGCUCGGUCAAAUUGGAGAGAGGCACAUUCACUGAGCGACUACUCGAGCCCAUGGACUUUCCGUCGAGUCCGAGCAUCAGUGAAAUCUCGUCUGAAGUUUGCACUUUCGAACCAGAGCUUGAACAACAUGUGGACGUUUCGAGCUCUGGCUUCCCGGAAUUGAAAACAAUGCAGCGAAUUACGACGAGCUCGGUGAUGGAGCCGUCAAAGCAUUCGUUCUGGCAAGCCACAGUCUUCUAUGUAGAUGGCUCUUCUAGGAAACCGAGAAAGAAAAUCAUUAAAACCUCCAGGAGCCCUAAGGGGAGCGUUGUACAAACCAUCAAAGUUCUCGAUGUCUCGCCGGCCGUUUAUGACCUCUCGAAGGAGCUCUGUGUAGGUUCUCUGCCCGAUGCUGACGCUGUCCUCGAUGGUAGAGGACCCUCACAUCCCCACCUCCCCGAAGCGAUCGAACUUCCUAGCGGGAUCGAAGGAAAUCCUAAGGGAGAAUCUUUCGAGGUUCUCUCGAAGAAGGUUAAAUUUGACGAAAAAACGCUACCAGUACACUUCACUCACAUGUUGUUCGAGCCCGGGAAUUCAGGGCUCGCGAAGCCGUCUCUUCCCCGCGAAUCCGAUACUCGCCUCCUUCCGAAUGAAGGUCGGAAUGUAUCAGCUGACACCUUCGUGGAGAGCAUUGACCAAGUGGGUGACGGUAAGGGUAAACUCAAAACGAAGACAACGAAAACUUUGCGGAAAUCACCCGGGGCGAUCGAACAGAGCGUUUUGGAAUCUGAGUCCAGUGGACCGGAGAUCGAAUCCACGAGAAACUUCGGUGGUUCACUCAUCGCUGCCGAAACCAUUGAUCUUGGCCCAGCUCUGAUUACGAAGCGCAGAUUCAUCAAUACCCCCGAGAGCCUUCGAGGUGAAGCCGUCGGUGAUUUGGAAGUCACGGUCAUUACAGCGGAAGAGAAAGGAAAGCCCAUCGAUGCACGAGCCCUCGGCUUCCCCGAACUCGAUGUGCGACGUCAAAUUUCUGUCGAGACGCAGAUAGCCGAGCCUAGAGUAUUCCUGAGAGAAACCACCGAAGUCUUCCUCGACUCUCAGGAUAGACCGAUGAGGAAAUUCGUCAAAACUUGUCAGUUUUCUCCGGACGUUAUCGAACAGGUUGUCUGUACUCAAACGAUCUCUCCACUCGCUUACUCGAUGUACACAAGGCGAAUUCCCUCUAUCGAGGGCUCGGUUCAGAAACCGCUUCCGAGUCGAGAGACCCAAUUAGAGUUCAGCGAUUUAGAUGCCUUAGAGAAGGUGCCGUGGGAGUUGAACGAGAAACCGGAGUAUACUCUGAAGAUCAAAACUCUCAGAAAUGACAUCGGUAAUACGCAAUCGAUUGUGAGGCAUGUCUCCUUGAAGCCGAAACAGGUUCGACCUCUGCGGAGAGAAGACCUAGAAAAACUUAUUGGUCCGCUUCCAAACGAGCCAGAUAGCUCUGAGUCGGCCCCGCAAGUGGUGGAGAUCAUCGAGAAAACAAGCGGCUCACAAGCGGUUGGGCCAUCUGUCAAGAAGUCCAGAACCAUCCUGAAACCUUCAGGAUCAAUUGAGCAAAUAUCAGAAGAGGUCUCGAACGCUCAAAGCCCUCAGAAGAACAAAGCCUCGGAGGAGGUCGACUUUGGAACGAUCAGAUCUCCCGGAUUCAAAAAUUCUGAGCAGGAGACCCGAUUCUCCAGUCAGGCAAGCCCGGACCUUACGAAUGGAGAUUCGAUAGCCGAUGGUGCUCCUCGCCUCCCAGUGUUGAUUUCUGACAGCUUGGAGCAACGGUAUCCAGAACUCGAUGCCAUACCGAAGCUUUCGUUCGAAUUGUCGAAGCCUCCCGCUUCGGGUGACAUCACCCACCAAACAACCCACGUGUUCAUUGAUAGAACGACCAAGAUUCCUCGAAAGAAAACAAUCGAGAUCACCAAAAAACCAUUCGAUACUCUCGAACAAACAGUUCACAUCUCUGACAUCACUCCAGAGUGUUACGAGUCGUACAUAGGCCGAGCGACGGCCAUCGAUAGUACAGACAGAGGUCAGGACGCAAGCUCCCCUCCGGGUCUCAAACAAAUAGCUGCACCAGUUGAGAAAACCAAUGCUAGGCAUCAGAUACCGAUCCUCAGUGGAUCGACUUCAGUGGGUUCACCAGUCACGCUGGAGGAAUCUUCCGACACUCCUGCGGUCCAUGCGCUCGGACGAGCUCCAGAGGAAACCAGUGCUAUUCCGGGUCCGGAGGUGCGUCAAAGGGAAGCGCCGACGGAGCGCCCACACUCGGGGAGAGAAUUCCCGGAGGCACGACUCACGAUUUCCGGGCCGACUGCAUCAAAGAUUUCUCUGACGGCCUGGCCCGAAACGAUCUCAGAGCUUCCUUGUGGUAAAUUAGCCCCCGAGGUGGAGAACGUGGAGAUCGUGGAGCGGAUCGGAGCUCAUGGAGGCGCCUCGAGAACGAGAAGAACCAAAAUCAGUCGUCAGCCGAAAACUCAAGUCGUUGAAAUGACUACCGAAGAGUCUAUGGAUGAUAGUCUUGAUCAUUUCCCGCGCAUUGAAAAUUUCGACGUAGUUUUUGAAGAAGCGAUCGACUUCGAGACUGCACGGGGAAGCGCUAAGCUGAUUCGAAGCGUUCUCGAGCCUAGGGCGGACUCGGUGAUUGGAGAGCUGGAUCCCAGGAGAGUCGAGCGAGUAGUCCUGGAGCCGGGAUUUCCUGGAGCUCCCCUAGAUUUCACAACUCUUGGUCACCCGGAAAUGGACAUCUUACCUCGAAUGAAUCUGACCAAAACAAUGGAGACGCCAACUGAUGAAGAGGUUGUCUUGGAAGUCAGCAAAGUCUCUAGGGGGCCUCGCGGACAACAAGGCAGGAAAGAAGUCAACAGGAUUGCUCGAAUGCCCUCCGGUAAAGUGGAGCAACUACGUUUCGAGCUGCCCAUCAGCCCUGAGCAGAUCGAACUCAAUUUCGUAGCGGAAGCCUCUGUUCAACCCAGCGACGACCGUGGCGAUGCUCAAGCGCCCCAUGGGUACACGUCACGCGGGGGACCCAGUCAGAGGGAAACAUUCGAUUCGAAGAACGUGAUCAACGAAGAAACCUUAGACUUCGGGAGCGCCAUCGUAACCAAGAGGAAAGUGAGGGAUCAGAACAAACCCCAAUGCGAUAUCGAAGUCACGGUUUUCAAAAAGAAACCUGGAUUCCCCGAGGUGACAGCGACUUCCAUCGGAUAUCCGGAACUCGAAGUGAGACAGUCCUUGGUCGCGCCCAAAGAGAUCACUUCGUCGAUGACCGAUGAGCCUCGAAAAGUACAGGAAACACUCGAAAGAACACUGACAAGGCGUGGACAGACCGAGAAACGAACCAAGAAGGUGGAGUCGCUUCCCGACGGAACUAUCGAGCGCGUUGAAGAAAUUUCCCUCGACAGACCGGGAAGUUUCUCGGUCGAGCCACGAGAGUUCAACAUGAGCGAAGCACCAGACGAGAUAAGCGAGAUCACAGAUCGUUUCGACGCCGGCGAGAUCGUCAAACGCAAAGCAGUUAAGAAGCAGAGCUUGCCGAAAGAGGAAAUCGUUCAUUCGCACGAGAUCGUGAGCUUCCAGCCAUCGGAACGCGAUCUCAAGAUCGUCGAUGAUGAGCUUUUGGAGAUGAUCGAGGUCCAUGGUUUGCCUCGUACGUUCACGAAUUUGGACGAACCUCUGGACAUGACGGAGGAGAUCGUCACGAUCGUCGAAUCGCCACUCAGAUCAGCCAGAACCGUUGAAAAACGAACGAAGAAGCUCGAUGACCGCGUUGAGAAGACCAUUGAGACGUUUGAAUCGAUCCGACCGGGCCAUGCGCCCGAAUCGACGGAGACCGAAGAACAGACUAUCGUUUUCAGAGGCGGUAAAGUCGAAAGGAAGAGGACAACCAAGAAGAGUCCGCCGGUCGGUGAUAGCGAGGAACAAGAAAUCGCCGUCGAAACCACGGUGUUCCGCCCGGACUCUAGAGAAAUAACGGUCUCGUCAGUCGGCUUCCCACAGCUCGAACUACAGCAGAACAUACCGAGACUGGUAGAAAUCCAGAGCAAGGUCAUUCCUGCAGACCGCGAGGUCACCGAGAGAACGGUGGAGAUAAAGCCGACUCGACGAGGAGGGAAGGAGAAAGUCACGACCCAUAAGUCAAAGAAACCAGAUGGAACCAUUGAGAUGACCGUUGAGCGGCAACCGAUACUGGAAGCGCCUGACGAGAAGACGCCUGUUCCGUCAACAGCUGAUAUGCCAACGGAUAUGCCCAUUCCGCUGGAAGCAGUGCGAGUCGAAGACGUCCGGCCCGGCGUGCCGGAGUUCAUCACCAAGAAACUCAAACCUCGUCGUGAACCCACAAGAUUGUACAAGGAUCGAGCGCCGGACGACGAGUUCAUGCUCAUUUCGGAGAGCACUAUCGAUUUCCAAGUGGCGGAAGUGCACGAGAAGAAAAUGAUUCGUAAGAAACCCGAGACUCCACAACGUCCGCAAGAAAUCAGUCUGGUCGAAAUCCUGACCCUCCGGAAGCAUCCCGAGCAUCGGGACAUUUCCCUCCAAUCUCUUGGCUAUCCCGAGCUGGAAGUACUCCGAACGCUCCCAAUCAGCGUCGACUCCGCCAGCCUGGGGGAAAUAACCGAAGAGCGGACGGUGCUGACCACGGACUCAGCAGGUGGAUCACGGACGGCGAUCCUCACAGACACGACCGAGCUAUGGGAAUUCAAACCCACGGUUAAGUUCUACAGUAUCGUUACCCCGGAAAGCAUCGGACAUCCUGAAAUGAUGGUCGCAGAAGCUUUACCCUGCACACGGGAUGUUCAUGGACGUCCUGUCCAGGAUGUUUUGGAAGAGCGUACGACCGUGGUGACUGAACCAACGAAGAAGAUCACGACAAAGGAGAAAAAGAAGAAAAGCAGAGAGGGGACGCACGAACGACUCGUGAAUAUUCUCACCGAAGAAUUCGAAAUUCCCGAGCCCUCGCAGUACGACCACAUGGUGGAGGAAGAGAUUGUUCUAGACGUCGGCAAAAUCCGGAAGAAAUCCCUCAAAGAGAAGAAACCUCUAGAGGAAGAGCCCCUCACAGGCGUAGACGUUGUGAUUGAGAGCAUUGAGUUUACUCCGACAAAACCCAUCCAUAAAAUCAGCUUCACGUCCAUCGGUUAUCCGGAGCUCGACGUUCUGAAACCGCUCCACGUUGAAGCAGUCAGCACGAAACGUGACGUGGUUGAGGAGAGUACCUUGAUUUUCAUGGAUGUCGAUCGCAAACCAAAAAAGAAAACAACCAGGAGGAAAGCCACGAAAGACGGCGUCGUGAUCCAGGAGGCUGAAACCUCUGAAAUCCAUCCUCUGACUUUCGAUCUGACCUCGGCCAAACCCGGAGAUGUAAUUCAAGAGACCACUGUCUCCGAGAACCAAAUCUCCAAGGGAACGAGGAAAACGGUGUCGGAGACGACGCUCACGGGCGAAACAAUCGAGCGAACCGUGACGGUUUCGAAUGUGACUCCGCUGGAAUAUUCGAUCAAGGAGGACAUCACAGGAGACAUCGUGGAAGAGACGAUCGAAGAGAUCGUUCUCCCGGACAGAAGGCUCUCUACGACGACCACCACUGUCAUCAAACGACCUGAUGGCUCCGUGGAAAAAACGGUCGAGGAGAUCGUUUCUGGGCCGAGAGGACCCGACCGGCAUGAAGCGCGACCCUCGAUUAUCAAAAAGAAGAAACCAAGUCUUGGAGCAUCUGGACCAGAUCUCGAUUACACUGUGGAAAUCACCGAAUACCGACCGAAACCCGAAUUCCGAGACGUCAGCAUCUCCUCGAUCGGUUUCCCGGAAUUGGAGGUAUGCUCCAGAAUUCCGGUCGAAAUUCAUGGGAAUGAAGUCACUGAACGCGUCGUAGACGUGAAAUUGCCGUGUCGUGAAGAUGAAUCGAAGCGAGAGAAAAUUACGACGACCAAAACAAAAGACGUCGAUGGUACGGUGAGGAUGACGGUCGAGAGAGAUUUCAUCGAAGAAGAGCCCCAAGAGCAUUUCGAAGUUCGACCGCAGACCUACAAGGAGGUGAAAUACGAGCGAGCCAUGACUGAAGAAGUCGUUCCGGGCGUUCCGGAAUUCAUCACGAAGCGAUUGAAACCCCGUCGAGAACUGACCCGCAUGUAUGCGGACCGGGGUCCCGAUGACGAAUUUACCAUGGUGGCCGAGAGCGAGAUCGUUUUCCCUGGAGUAGACAUCAGAGAACAGAAAAUGAUUCGGAAAAAGCCGAAAACGACACAGAGACCCGAAGAGAUCUCCCUCGUUGAUAUUGUUACCGUCGUCCGUAAACCGGAACGUCAGCGCGUGACACUGGAAUCUCUCGGUUAUCCCGAGCUUGAAAUCCUCCAAACAUUGCCUGUGGUCGUCGAUUCGCGUGGCAUGCCGACGCAGGACUUGAAGGAAGAGCGUUCGAUAAUCCGAGUCGAUUCUCAAGGUAAACCACGUGAGAGAACUAUCAAGAAAGUCAAGAAACCAGAUGGCACGAAACUAGAUCGAACCACGUUGACGGAGACCAGCGAAGUCUGGGAGUUCAAACCGGACGUGAAAUUCUUCAGCGUUGUCACACCCGACAAAGUUGGAUAUCCCGAGUAUUCGGUGACCGAAAGCGUGCCGGUCAGCAAGGACAUCUAUGGGCGUCCCGUGCACGAUGUGGUUGAAGAACGCACCGUUGUGGAAACGACGCCGGGUCAAAAAAUCACGACCGUGGAGAAGAAGAAGAAACGCAAAGACGGCGUCCACGAGAGGAGAGUCGACGUCCGCACCGAAGAGACUGAGAUUCCCGAGCCAACGGAAUUCACUCAUAUAGUCGAAGAGAGCGUCCUUCUUGAUAUCGGGAAAGUCGAGAAACGAAAAACCACAACGGGGACGCCACGAGCCGACGAGCCGCGGGAAGAGAUAGCAGUCGUCGUAGAGAUCACGAAAUUCACUCCGAAGAGACGAGUCUCGCCGGAGUUGAGCUUCGUUUCGAUCGGGUAUCCUGAGCUCGAGGUCGCUAAGCCGAUCCAUUUCGAAGCCAUCAGUACAAGGCGUGACGUCGCCGAAGAGAGCAGCGUGAUCUUCAUCGACGCCGACCGCAAGGUCAAGAAGAAAACCGUUAAGACCACUGUUACGAAGGAAGGAGUAAUCCUGCAAGAGAUGAAAACUUUCGAUGUCCCAUCGCACACUUACGAUCUCAUUUCCCCGAAACCUGGUGACAUCAUCGAUGAGACGACUGUCACCGAGAAAGAGACCGUCAAGCGAAGCAGAACUCGAACUACUGAAACUUCGAGCGAAGGCGAAUCGUAUGAGCGAUCUCUGACCGUAUGCACCGCGGUCCCUCACGAGUACCAGCCGAGCGGUAUGAGUGAGGACAUUGUUGAAGAGACGAUCGAAGAGGUACACCUUCCGGACCGGAGGCUCUCCACAACCACAACGACAGUCACGAAACGACCCGACGGAACUGUUGAGACCACAGUGGAAGAAAUAAUCACCGAGACUCCGACACCGAGUCAACCGGAAAUCACACAAAUCGUGAGCCAAGAAAGAAUCCCCGAAGAAGCGCCAUUCUCGGAAACGAGCGAGGAAGUCAUCCAUCUCAAGACCGGAGUUAUAAAAAGGAGGAAAUCCUCAGUCAAGGUUCAACCUGAGGAGGGCUUGGCGCAAGAAGUGACAGUGGAGGUGAUUGAGUACAAGCCCAAACCGGAGCAUCGGGACGUCGACGUGUCGUCUCUUGGAUAUCCGGAACUCGAAGUGCGUUCGAAGGUACCUAUCGAGGUGCUCGAAAAGCCCGAAACGCAGCGUACCGUCGAGGUGAGGCGUUCCAGUAGAGACGGGGAACCGCUCCAAGAAAGAGUCGUCACGAAGAAAACCAGGACCCCAGAUGGUAUGAUCGAGACAGUUAUCGAAACCUCGAAAAUCGAGGGUUCUUCCCCCGUCCCGGCCGUGGAGGAAAUCAUGCCGGAGAUGUGGGAGUUGUUGCCUUCCACGGCGAAGGUCGGUCCGGGUGAAGCAGCACCCGAAAUUCUGGCUGAAGAACAAUUCACGGUCAUUGAGCAGACUGACAUCGUUCUCAACGGCGCAACCCUCAAGGAGCAGAAAGUCAUCCGAAAGAAACCUCGCACGCUCACGAGGCCAGAACAACUUUCCCUAAUCGAAGUCACCGUCCUCCGUCGUCAUCCAGAGGAGCCUUCGCGCCGCGAGGUCAGUCUUGAGUCUAUCGGUUACCCUGAGCUCGAAGUUCUGCAAAGUGUGCCAGUUUCAGUCGACGCUCUAGGCCGACCGGCUGAGGACAUCGGCGAAGAGCGUUCCGUGAUGCAACUCGAUGUUUCCGGACGUCCUCGGACCAAGACCGUCAAGAAGAUCAAGAAGCCCGACGGGACCUACGCGAAGGUCGAAGAGACCCCGCUGCUGACCGCGGAGGAAACCGAAAAGUUGCCUCAGGCCUCAUUCGAGCAACCAGCAGAAGAAAUAAUCAAGUUCGAUUCUGGGAAGAUCACCAAACGGAGGAAAUCAGAGCAAGUGGUAAAACCAGACCGCGCAACCCACACUGAGACCACCGAGCUCUGGGAAUUCAAACCCGAUCUCAAGUUCUACUCCAUCGUUUCACCGGACUCGGUCGGGCUUCCCGAGAUGAGCGUUGCUGAGACUACACCUGUCCAGAAAGAUAAAUACGGACGUCCACUCCACGACGUCGUCGAAGAGCACACCGUCGUCGAGAGCGAACCGGGAAUGAAAACGGUCACGGUGGUCAAGAAGAAAAAGCGCAAGAGCGGCGCCUACGAAAGAAAGGUGACCGUCCAAACGGAGCAGAUUCCCGAGGCGGUCGAGCUUCAGGCGGCUGAUCAUCUCGUGGAAGAGACAAUUGUUUUCGAUGCUGGGAAAAUUGAGAAAGAGAAAACGCGGAAGAAAAAACCUCGAUCGGACGAGCCGCUUAAAGACGUGGAAAUCGUCAUCGAGCGCUUGAAAUUCAGUCCUUCGAAACCGAUACGGGACAUGAAGUUCUCGUCCAUCGGGUAUCCGGAGCUCGAUGUUUUCCAACCCCUACCUGAAAAGAAAAACGUCAAGACGACAGCGACCAAAGACGGAGCUCUCCUGCAGCAGAUUGAAGUUUCCGAAGUCGCUCCGCAUGCCUACGAUUGGACUGAAGGGAAGCCUGGCGACGUGAUCGAUGAAACGAUUGUGUCGAAAAGUUCCACGACGAAAAAGACUAAAAAAGCGACUACGGAACUAACUCCGACUGGACAGACCCUUGAGCGUACGCUCACGGUGUCCACGGUGACGCCUCACACUUUCACGCUCAGUGAAGAUGUUCAUGAGGUGACUGAGGAGACCGUCGAAGAAACAGUUCUCCCGCAUAGGAGACUUUCAACGACGACUACCACCGUGACUGAACGACCCGACGGAACCGUCGAGACGAGGAUCGAGGAAGUCAUAAGUGAGGAGCCGGCUUCAAUCGAAGAAAUUCAACCGGAGCCGUUCAGCAUCAGAGACGUCCGACCGAAAGUAAAAUCUACGACGCGUAAAGCUGCGCGUACCAUCACUCUCGACACCGGUAAGAUUGAAACGAGGAAGAUAGUUAGGAAUAUACCUCAAGAGCAGGGUCCCGAUAUAUUGAUUGAAGUCGAGACUCUCAUUUAUCGACCUGAAACUAAAGAUCGAGAUAUAAGUCUGUCCUCUGUAGGCUAUCCUGAGUUUGAGAUUCGCUCCCCAAUUCCCAUCGAAAUCCAUGAGAACCAAAUCAAGCAAAAAAUCGUAGAAAUCAAACCGUCAGCUGACGAUGGUGGAACGUUCAUUGAGAAAAUUACCACCACAACGACUAGAACACCCGAAGGUCUGGUCGAGGUUGUGGUCGAAAAGCAGAGAGCUGAAGAUCAAGAGACGAUCGAUUUGGGCGAGCUCGUCUCUAAGCCAUCGAAAUCGGGAGGGGUUCUUCCGGUGACGAAAGACUCACCGGUUUUGACUGGACCCAUAACUGAAAUUUUGGAACGUCGUGGGGAACCCAGCCGAACGGAGGGAGCUCCAAACGAUGAAUUCGUUCUGAUUUCGGAGAGUGGAAUCACUCUCAGAGGCAUUGAGAUAAGAGAGCAAAAGUUCAUUCGGAAAAAACCCAAACAAUCUCGAAAGCCACAAGAAAUAUACUUCGUGGAAGUCGUCUCGGUGUGUCGACAGCCUGAACGACAACAUGUUUCGCUCGAAUCGCUGGGCUAUCCCGAGAUGGAAGUGAUUCAAACACUUCCGAUCGCCGUCGAUUCCUCCGGUGCGCCCACGGAAGACAUUUUUGAGGAGACCUCUGAGCUAGUCAUCGACAGUGAUGGUAACUCCCACAAGAAAAACACCACGAAAAUCAAGAAACCGGAUGGAACCGUUUGCAUGACGAGAGAAACCCCUCUUUCUCGCGUUGACGAAUGGAAAACCCUGCCAAAAGUCUUCGAUACCGAGCCCCUCGAGGAGGUCAAGGAGACAAAGUUCGAUUCCGGUAGAAUAAGCUCGCACAAAAAAUCCAAGCGAAUCGUUAGAGGGAAGGGCGAUCUGAGCAUUGAAACCUCGGAGUCCUGGAAAUUCGAACCCGAUGUUCGAUUCUACUCUGUCGUUACACCAGAGAAAAUCGGACAUCCGGAGAUGAAAGUCGUGGAAACGGUCCCGGUUCCGAAAGAUGUCCAUGGUGGACCGUCGCGCGAUAUUCUCGAGGAACAUUUGACAGUGGAAACUAAACCGAAUGAGAGAAUAACAACUAUCGAAGUGAAAAAGAAACGCAAAGAUGGAAGCCACGAGAGAAAAGUAGACACUAUUAGAGAAAUCAGUCAGUCUCCAAAAGCGUUGGAUUUCGAUAGUUUGUUCGAAGACACUAUCACCCUCGAUGCGGGCAAAAUAGAGAGGACCAAGAAGAGAUUGACUGAGAAACGCCCCCAGGGCGGGGAAUCCCUCCGAGAAAUCGAGGUCAAUGUCGAGAGUCUAAAGUUCACUCCUAAGACAGCCAUUCAUAAUAUCGAUUUUACUUCGAUCGGGUAUCCGGAGCUAGACGUCCUGAAACCACUCCAGGUCGAAGCUCUGAGCACGAAGCGGGAUGUUGUCGAAGAGAGCACUACCGUCUUCGUGGAUAACGAGGGCAGAGCCAAGAAACAAAUCGUGAAAACGCGGGCCUUGGAGUCAGGAGUGCUUUUACAAGACAUCUCCGUCUCCGAGGAGCUGCCGGAAACCUAUGAUUUAACGGCGAGCGCACCGGGUGACAUAAUCGAGGAGACCAUCGUCACUAGAGACGAAACCCGGAGGCAGAAUAGGAAAAAGAUCACCGAAUCUCUCCCGUCCGGCGAAACGAUUGAGCGUACGUUGACUGUAUCGAAAGUCACGCCCCACACUUACACCGUGGGUGCGGUGCCGCGAACCCUUGUCGAAGAUUCAACGGAGACGUUUGUUUUACCCGACUCGAGAAUUUCGACGAUCACCACGACUGUCACGAAACGGCCUGAUGGGAGCGUGGAAACGUGUACGGAGGAAAUAAUAGGUCCUCGGCCGGAAGCUCCCUGCUCGGAGGACCGGCGACAUGUGACAAGAGAAACAGUCGAAUUGCAAACGGGUGAAUUGACGAAGGUAUUUUCGACUGAGAUGAUUCCCGAUGAGAUUCUCGGCGAACGUCAAGUGACCAUCGAGAGAAUCGCAUACAAACCGAAACCCGAGCACGGGGAGAUCAGCGUUUCGUCCAUCGGUUUGCCUGAGCUCGAAAUGCGAUCUAAAAUACCCCUCGAAGUUUUGGACAGAGAAUUCACGGAACAGGUGGUGGAAGUCAAACCCUCCACUAUAGACGGCAAGCCGGUGAAACGGAAGACAACGACGAAGAAAACGAAGAAACCUGAUGGUACCGUCGAAAUGAUUGUCAAGAAAGAGAUCGAGGAAACCCGGCCUGAGGAGCAAGAGCCAUCUCCGACUGGACCUGCCAUCUCACACGGAGAGGCACAAGCGAAGGAAAUGGUCCCUGGAGUUCCAGAAUUCGUAACCAAAAAGCUAAAACCUCGACGCAAGCCUUCCCGAAUGUACGACGACGAAUCCCCUGACGAUCAAUGCGUCGUGCUCAGUGAGAGCGACAUAACGCUCGAGGCCGCGACCGUGAAAGAACAGAAGAUGAUUCGUAGAAAGCCGGCGAAACAGUCCCAACAACCGGACGAACUCACGCUGGUUGAGAUCGUGACUUUGAGCAAGCACUUAGAUCAUCAGGACGUGGCUCUCGACUCAAUUGGUUAUCCCGAGCUUGAUAUCCUACAAACUGUACCGAUAACCUUCGAUUCUUCUGGCAAGCCGACCGAGGAAAUUCGGGAGCAAAGAGUCAUCACGCAAAUCGAUGCUGAAGGCAGAAAGCGUCGGAAGACCAUCAGCAAAUCCAAGGGACCCGAUGGUACCGUCUCUAAAAGGGAGGAGACCACGCUCUUUAGUGCUGAGGAGUGUGAUGUUCCCUUGAGCCUGGAGCCCGUAGAAGAGACAGAAGAAAUCCAUUUCGAUGCCGGGGAAAUAACGAAACGGAGAAAAUCCAAAAAGACAAAAAGUCAAGACAACAGGCCAUCAACUGAAGUCACGGAAGUUUGGGAAUUCAAACCGAAAGCGAAGCUCUUCGCACUCGUGACGCCGGACGAUGUCGGUCUCCCGGAAAUGAGUUUAGUCGAAUCGAUGCCUAUCACCAAGGACCUACACGGUCGUCCACUUCGGGACAUCGUUGAAGAACGCACAAUGGUUGAAAUCAAGCCCGGUAUUAAAACUACGACCAAAGAGAAGAAGAAGAAACGCAAAGAUGGCGUUCACGAGAGGUCGAUCACCAUCUCCACCGAAGAGACCGAUGUCCCGGAAUCAUCUCGAAUCGAUUCAAUUGUGGAGGAGGACAUCGUCCUCGACGUCGGUAAGAUAGAGAGGAAGAAGGUCACCAAGAAGAGAGCUCCCCGAGAAGAGGAGCCUUUGCAAGAGAUGGACUUCGUCGUCGAGACCUUGAAGUUCACUCCGAAGAACCCGGGUCUCGAGGUCGAUUUGACUUCGAUCGGCCACCCCGGCUUGGAAGUGUUACAACCGAUCCUCAAGGGAGCGCUCUCCACCAAAACAGACAAGAAGGAAGAACGCACUGUCAUUUUCUUGGACGCCACUCGGAAGCCCAAGAAGAAAUCAGUGAGGACGACGGUUUCAAAAUCAGGAGUGCUCCUCCAGGAAGUAGAGAUUUCUGAGGUCUCACCGGAAGCGUACGAUUUGAGCUCAAUCGAGCCAGGAGAAGUCGUUUCGGAGACGAUCCUGACUGAAAGAGAGGUCAUCGAGACGACCCGGAAGAGAAUCGUGGAGUCGACGCCCACGGGGGAGAAAAUCGAACGCACUGUGACCGCUAUGGCGGUGACCCCUCGGGAGUUCACCACGACCGGCAUCGUCGACGAUAUCGUUGAAAAAGUUGUCGAGGAGAUCGAACUGCCGGAUAGAAGACUCUCAACGACGACAACAACAACCACCAAGCGUCCCGAUGGCACUGUAGAAACAAAAGUUGAGGAAGUGAUCUCCUCUCGACCGGAUUCCGUCGUUGAAGCUAGGCCGGAAAAUGUUCAGAAAAAACCGACGAAAAAGGGAAAGUCGAAGAAGUUGAAAUCCAAGCUCGGGGGAGCACCGGAAGGAGGUGCCUCCUCAGAUGAAAAACAGGAGAGUCCGUUCACGACCGAGGAUACGAUCGAGCUCGAGACUGGCAGAAUAACGAGGAAGACAAUCACUGAUACUGUCCCUGGCCAAGAUGGACAAGGAAGUCCUCUUACCGUGGAAAUAAUCGUUUAUGAACCCAAACCGGAGCACAGGCUCGUGGACGUGUCUUCCAUUGGUUUCCCUGAGCUCGAGGUGAAAUCUAAAACACCCUUCGGAGUUGUGAACAGAGAAAUCACAGAACGAGUGGUGGAAGUCGAGCACUCCACAAAAGAUGGGAAGCCGGUCAAACGGAAGACAACGACGAAGAAAACGAAAAACCUGAUGGCACCAUCGAAAUGA